GAGGACGGCGGCGGCGAGGAAGCGGCCGUUCCCGCCGUGCCUGAGGGAAAGCGCCGCCAAUUCUACUCGCCCCUAUCGGAAGAGACUUCGAAGAGCAACUCAGCCCCUCUUUCCCGCCCGAGACCCCGGCUCCUUCCCGGGGCGGACAGAUGAGGAAAGAGCCCCGAGGCCUCCGCCCUCCUCGCAGCCAGUCCCAGAGGGUGGCACCUCCUUCUGCCGCCGCCGCCGCCGCCGCGGCGCCGCCUCCUGCUCCCACCCCAGUCCUGGCAGCGCCGCCUCCGCCUCCUCCUCUGUCAGGGAGCGACGGGAGCGAGUUGGGCCGGGCCGAGCGAGCAGGGCUUGGAGUGGCCCCGUGAUUAGGGGAUGACCCUCGGGAGCUCGGCGUGGUGAGCUCGGACUUGUCGCCGCCGCCGCCGCCGCCGCCCUGGAGGGGACGUGACCUCCGCCACAAUGUUUAGGAGGAUUUUGCAGAGGGUAAGAGAGCGGCGGCGGCGGCGAGAGGGCGUUUCUUCCGCCGCUGCAGCGCUUGCCUGCCCGGGCUGGUGCAGCAGGAGCAGGAGCAUGGGGAGGGACGGAGGGAGCCGCACUUCCUGGAGUCUGACCGAGGAAGAGACAACCGGCACCUGACCGGGGUCUUUCCUUCCUCACGCACACGCCUAUAGACACGAGCCCAUCCCAGCAGCAGGGAACCUGGCUGCUGCCCGCUUCCUGGCCCUUGGGGCCGGCUCGCCAGCCGCCACCGCUGCGGCGGCGCUUCCCUCACUUCCCUCUUCUCCAGGCCGUAGCUGCCGGUGCGAUUAGGCCCUUCUUCUUCCCUUGCUCAUUCAUGGCCAGGGAAAGUGGCCCAGGCAACUGGCUGAGCCGGGCCUGGAGCAACAGGGGCGUCGGGCGAUUCUGCCGCUUGGCGGGGGGUGGAGGGGUGGAGGGGGCACAGGGCCCACGCCUGUUCCCGUGGGGGGGAUUGGGGGAGGUGGGGGUGCGCUGUUAGGUUUUAGGUCCCUGCCAGAAGGUUGGGGGCGAGACGAGGGUGGGCUAGGGGGCGAGGAAGUUCAGGGCUACUGGGGGGGGGGAGGAGGAGGGGUGAACUACAGAAGGGGAGCAAUGGAGAGUGCGAAGGAAAUGGAGUCUCAUUUGUCUCCCCCGCCCCCAAUAUGUGGGGCCCAGGCAGCUUCUGAAGGGGCUUCGGCCUUCCUCCUGCCCAUCUGGUUCCAGUUGCCUUAGCAGAGUAGCCUGGUGCGGAAGGCCUCCUGGCACUUGACGGGGUUAAUCACGGCUGGUUUCUCCCUCUGACAGGGAGGUGUCUCUGUUGAGGGUGGAAGGCAUUACUCACUGACUCUUCCAAGGCUCGUGCUAUUAAAUAUUGCAGCAGAUUAAAUCUCUGUUUGAAGUUGCACAUGUUGUAUGCAUGUCUUCGGAUCUUGUACACUUCCCUCUGGGGCUGGCCAUGUUCUCAGGUGGGAAAAUAGUGGCAGUGUGUAUUCAGUGGCUGACAACAGGUUGGGGAAGCACAUGCCAUUUGCCACUGACAUGGACUGUGAGAAAGGAGAGGAAUGAAAAGGGGGAGAAUCUAGCAAAUCAAACACUGCUGAGUCCUGUGCUUGUAAGUACAGUAGUUAGUAGCAGUUAAUGCACAGAGUGCAUAAGACAUUAGCCUGCCAUGGUGGUCAAGUAAUUCCCAGGGCUAGGGGAACUAUUAAAAGCUCCUGACUAAAAUAUGCCUCCAGAAGCCAUGGCAUCCUCCAUGCUCUCUGCCCUGGUCUUUGAAAUUAUAUUCAACUGAAAGUAUGGAGACUUCUUACCCCAGAAUAAAAAAACACUGGCCUAACAUUCCUCUCUAUUCUUACCACCCACCUCUUCCAUUAUAGGAGGAGUUUUAAAACCAGUGGCAGAAUGACUGUGUUGUGCAAACUGAAUGGUGCUUGAAGUACUUUUGGGAGGCAGAGGCUCCUACCAUUGCGUGAUUAUUUAUGUAUUUGCUUAUUUGAGUAGAUAGAAGUGUCUCACAUUCACAUUUGGGCCCAUGAUAUGAACUUACACAUACAUAACAUGGAACUACUACUGUGACCAUUACUUCAGAGUAAGUGCACCAUCACCCUUCCUAGUACAGUCGUACCUUGGAAGUCGAACGGAAUCCGUUCCGGAAGUCUGUUCAACUUCCAAAGCGUGGCUUCUGAUUGGCUGCAGGAAGCCAAUCAGAAGCCGCAGAAGCCCUGCCAGACGUUCAGCUUCCAAAAAUAGUUCGCAAACUGGAACAGUCACUUCCGGGAUUGCGACGUUUGGGAGCCAAAACGUUCAAGAACUAAGCUGUUUGAAAACCAAGGUACGACUGUACUGUUGCUGAUCACCUUCUUUAUCACCACCUUUGAUAUACGCUUGAAUACUGAGAUGUGUCAGAUAUAACGUACAUAAUAGAGGUGAUUUCUCACCUGGCAGAGAAGGUCCUAUGGCUUCUUAGCAAUGUAGAUACUUCAGUGACUCAUAAAUUCGCUCUUUUUGCUUUGGCAGCCAAAAAGAUCAGAAAGAAGACCCUGGGCAAUAUAGCAAUAAACUGUAAGGGAGUCGCAGAGAUCUAAAUGAAGACCAUUAUUUGUGGCGCAACACCCCUUUUGCUUGUAUUUUUUAUUUAGAUUUGCUAUGGCCAAUGGCUAGUACAAUAAACUUACUGGGAUUGGACUGGAGGUACAGAAUCGUGGCAUUUCUGCUUCACAUUUAUGUGGUGAGAGUUUUCAGGCUCAUAUCCACAGUAAUCUUGGGUAGUGCACAGUUAUUUGACUUUCCUGUUCUUCUGUUGACUUGUAAACCCAAGUUAAAGCAUACCGUAUGUUGAAUAUCUUGCUAGCCCAUGAACACUGUGGCUGUCUUCUAUAGCUCUGCCCUUAAUCUUAGUCAUUGCUUAUAUUCGAAACUAUCUUGCUGUCAUGGGCAUAGCAGCUGCCGCCAAAAUCAAUCAAAAUAAAUACAAAUCAAUAGAAACCUGAGCUUCUACCCCUCGAACAAAAGCCUGCCCCCCCCCCCAACAAAAAUCCUGGCUACGGCAAUUCUUGCUCUUAUCUGUCUUGCUAAUUAUUUCCUUUAUCACAUGGUGAUAUUGUGAGAUCAUAGCUCAUGCUAUGCUUGUGCCAGUUUCGGUCCCUGACUUCACCAAUUAAAGGAUCUGUGAUGGCAGGGCUUGGAAAAAUAUCUAUGGAUAGUACUGAGCUAGAUUCAUUAGUGGUCUGACUUGGAUACUUCCAUACUUUCAUAUACACCGGGGGGAGGGGGGAGAGCAGUGGUUCAAGGGGCCAAAUGCAGGCUACAUCCUUCUCUCACUUUGCUCCACACCCUUCUCCACACAUUUUGGAAAAUGUCGUAGAACUGUAACAAUGCCUCUUGCUUGGCUGGAGAGUUGUACGUAUGGAAACCUCUGGCUUUUGCUUGGCUGGACUGUAGCCUACUAUGCAAAGAUAAGAGUAACAUCUGUUGCCCCAAGCACUAAUGGUAUGCACCCAACUUAUAAAGAAGAUUCACCAUGAGAGAAUGUAGCUUUGAACUGAAAAAGGUUACUGACCCUGAUAUGAAAUAUUUCAGCGCACCAAUCAGUAAGAAAGAGAAGGGCUGAUUUCUGUUCUGAUGCUAUGGAAGCAGGAGAAGGGAUAAGGAAGGAUCUUCUGUAGGUAAAAACCUAGAUAUUGAAAGUGAACAUAAUAGAAACAAGAGUACCAUAAUAUAGAGGGUUUUUUUCAGUUGUGGAUUGACUCAUUGAAGACCAAAGGUGAUUCUUGCCUCUUCUGUGGGUUUACCUGUAAGCUGUUCAGAAUGGAGUUGAGUCACUUAGCUCAUUGAAAGAGAGUGCACCAGUUUCUGAAUAUCUGUCUUAUAAUGCCAGUGCCAUGAAACACUAAAAUCAUGUGGUGAAAACUGCAUCCUAAAUGUUCGAUACCCACUUUGAAUGCUUAGAAGAUUUUUGCGUAGUUUGCUGGUAAUUAGCUUAGUUGUUUUUGAUGAAGGAAGACAUGUUUUUACAGUAGACUUGGUGAGAUCUUCAAGAUGUGUUAAGAGUAUCUUUUAUCACUAAGAGCCUGUUCUUCUAAUGUGUGUACUUUAUUGCUUGUUGCAAUUUCUACAAGAUUGUUAUAGUUUGCAGCUAGCUGUUUCCUUAUAUACUUAUGAUUUCCCAGGCAAUGACCAACUUUAUAUAUAACAAGUGAAAUGAGAACAAAAAAGGUACCCUCUGAUGUGCUGAGCUAGAGGUAGUAAAUGCAUGGGAGGGCUGGAUGAAGCCUGCCAAACCGCUGCCAAGUAGUCUUCCACCUGCUUGCUGAAUUGGGUGUGCCUUCUCUUAUCUGCAAAUGCACCUCUUCUCCCUUUGGCACAGUGCCAUUGGUAGGUGCUCGGGAAACAGGAAUGAGUACUUCUUCCUCUUCCAGAGCAGUAAGAUCUUCUUCAUAAUGGUGCCGAGUCAGAGGAAGAAGAGGUGCCUUUGCAGGUAAACAGAUGGGGAGAAAUCACCCCAUCAGCGCACUCUCAUCUCAGCCAUGUGCACUGAUGCAAUUUGAAACUCCACCACAGUGCUGGGCUUUGUAGAGUUUUAAACCUCCUCCUAGUUCAGUGCUGUGAUAGAGAAAUAGCCUCAUUGCAUUGCUGGGAUGAGAGUGCUAGGAUGGAGUAAUAUAUGCCUGUAUAUGCAGGGUUGCUUGCAUGUAUGUGUGAGAGAAGUGUAUGUGUAUGUGUAUGUGUGAGUGAAGUGUGACUGUGUGCACGCACUAUGCAUCCGUGUGAUAUGUGGUGAGUGUGCACAUUAUUACUAUCUAUUACUAGGUAUUUCAUUUAAAAAUUGCUUCCCAUAAGACAUUUUACAAUAUAAUAAAAACCUGUGAAACAGUUGCAUAUAUAAAACAUUAUGAUUAAAACAACAGCAAUAUAUAAAAGCAAUUCAAACUCUGUGCAACUAUCAACUGGAAUAAAUAUCUCCAUAUAGAAGGCUUGAUGAAAGAGGAAUAUCUUUAGUAGGCACUGAAAUAAAAUAAAGAGGGCACAUGUCUGAUAUAUAAUGGGAGGGAGUUCCAAAGAGUAGGUCGGAGGCCCCAUGCAUCUCUGCAUAGGCGCAACCACUUUGGCCGUGAACACUGUUGUGCACAUGCUGAAUUUUGAAUGUGGUCCUUGGGCCAAAAAGGUUAAUCGUCCCAACUCUGAGAUGGCCCAGUUGCCCUCUUGUUGAUGAUGAUGAUGGUGGUGAUGAAGAUUACUAUACUUUUCCUUCAUUUACAAGUGAAAAGUUUUCUAUAUGUGAAUUCUUUAAAAAGAUCAAAUAAGUACUGUGUACACUGGUGUCGAUCAGAUUUUCUUUACAAUAUGGCACUACUGUGUCUGUUAAAAUGUAGAAUGGCUACCAUAUUUGAAAAAAAAUAUCUGCCAUGGUAGCUUCAGUCCAGAGAAGGACAGGUGGAAGAUCCAUACAUUUACUAGGCCUUAAAAAUGUUCAGCUGUUCCGCAAAAGUUUUUUAAAAAAAUGCCACUGAACAUAUUCAGUGUCUAGCAUAUGCACAAAAUGCCUGUGUUAAAAAAUAAAUAAGUAAGGCGAGAUCUAUGCUUUAAAAACAAAGCUUGUGCUACAGUACUUCACUGAGUUGCUUAUGGGAAAUGCAUGAAGCCAAGGCAACAUACAUGUGUCUUUAAACAUCUAAGGAACCUAGAGAAUUAUUGGAUGAUUGAUAGUUUUUAUUACAUAUUCUACUAAUAAGAUAAAUGUUCUUAUUUUGUGAUAGUGCCAACCUGUAUGCUUGUUGCUAUAGCUCUAACACUCCUGCUCAGUUUGUACAUUUGAAUAUAGUUGGAGGCACUAGUGUAAUUUCCUGUUACUCUAGAACAGAGAAUUUAAACAAUUCACAUGUGCAUCUGUUGCGAAAGAUUUUAUAAAGUAUAACUGAUUUAAUAGCUAUUUAUUUCUUGCAAUACAAUAAGGAAAUAUAAUAUAUUACAUCUGCCUUUUUGUUUUCAGACUCCAGGCAGAGUUGGAUCUCAGAGUUCUGACUCCGAUUCAUCUGCAGUCCCAGGAAAUGCGGUGGAUGUCAACAAUGAGAGCUCUUCAGAGGUACUGUAUUACAAUAAUACAUUACCUUAGACUGAACUUAGAUUUGUUCUAAACCUUGGAUCUGACCUCUUUGGAAAAAUUGCCUAGGAAUGCUUACUCCCCAGUCGUACUUAUUUCAAUGUUCAGUGUUUAGUUGCAUUGAAUAUUUUGCAAUAUUGCAUAAAAUGUUGUUUUGCGUUGUGUUUGGUUCUCCAUUUGGUGAAUCCCAUAUUUUGUAUAUAUUUGCUGCCACAGAAAAUCUGAACAUUGUGCUGCCUAUUUUGACAUUCAGUUUGCUUCCAGUGUUUUAAAAUAUAUACAUGCCUAAAAGCAACUGUUUCACAGGGCUUCAUCUGUCCAGUGUGCAUGAAAAUGUGUGUUACUGCCACUGAUCUGUCCGAACAUUACCAAGAGCACGUUGGGAUAGAAACAAGAAGAUUGGAGCUUCGUGAACUGCCUACUGCCACUGUGGGUCUUGUUUAUUUGGCUUCAGUGGCUUGGUUCUGGGAUGCUUGGAAAAAUAAGUGCUUUUCCUUUCUGGUUGCUCUGGUGUAGGCCCUUUCAGCUUUUCUGGAUACUUCCUACUCUAGGAAUAUACAAGGUGUAUUGGUGGUUGUUGGGUUUUUCAGUGGUGGUGGUGUUAUAUCCAUAACAGAAGGCUAGUGCCAGAUAUUGUAUGUCCUGACAGUGUCUUGUGGUUCCUUCUUUCUGAUUUGCAGCUGCCUUUUGUGGAAUGGCUGUGGUAUCGAAGAUUGGCAUUUACAUAUUGAAAAUAGCUUUGCAUGUUUUUGUUCCUCAUGUAGUUAUUUGAACAACUUGAUACAUUACUUGAAUUUUCUCCUGCAUAUUUCAUUGCGAACUUACAGAACAGUAUAUAAAAUCAUUUUCCCAUUUAAGUGUUUGAGGCUUGACAGACUUGUUCACUAGAAAUUCUGCUUCUAGGUUUCUGGAUAUAGAGCUAUAAUUGGGCAGCUUGGUCUGUGCUACAAACCAAGAUGGAUAUUUUUGCCAGAGCGUUUCAAACCUGUAGAAGGCUGGAGUGGUGAAGAAUCCACCACCUUCAACAUGGCUCAUACAUAGGCAGCUGUAAUUUUGCUUGGGGUUUUCUAUUGAGAGUUCAUAGGCAUACUAGGAAGGCAUGACUACUUGAAGAAAAGUCAGGAUUUUUUUUUUAUUUUUUUGUAGUGUAUGUAGUGAAACCUCUCUUAGAAAAUGUUACCUCUUAUGGUAAAGGGCUGUGAUUUUUUUCAUCUUUUUAAUAAAACACCAAUCAAUAGUAAAACAAUUGCACUCAGGCACUGUCAGGAGAAUCUGGGAAUGAGCUCAAGUAGCUUUUGCACUGUGCGUUUUACAAAGGUAUUGCUUUCACGUACAUUCAACAAUUAAAGUGUUGCAGUGUAACUCUACAUACUAGCAUUGGCAGAUAUGGAGGAAGUUUACCUUCUCUCCUAUAGCUUCAUUCAUACUAGUAUGCAGAUUAUUAUUUUUUUUAAAGAUGCACAGUAAAUGGCGUAGUUUGUCCACCUUUGGUCCUCACCUGUGGCUCCUAGAAGCUGUCAGCAUGUGACAGCAGCCACACUUUGGGAAAAGGCUUUGACUGGCCAGCUAAACCAGGUGAGGGUAGCUGAUGGGUCUUAAACUCUCAUUGAGUUAAGGACUUCCCUUGCAUGAAAAGACAGGCUUCGGCGGAUUGAGCAGACAAGACUAAUAGUGGGGCCAGUGGUCAAGAAGGCGGUCUUCAGGUGUUGUAGAAGAAAGUGAGGAGUAGAUGGGACUUGUUAACCUGGGAAGGUAGUCCAUCUAGGGGAAGGAGAACUCUGAUCCUAAACCUCUGCUGCCUUGCAGAAUAUCUUCAGGAGAAGAAAAGGCUAAGGAGUAAACCCAACACAAAUCCUAAAAGUCCUUGUACACCCAGCUGGUGCCAAAUGUAUUGCUCUGCUUUCCUUUGGACUACAUCAGUGAAGCUGGGUGGGCGGGUCUUGUUGUCUGGGCAGCCCAGGACCUCCAUACACACUGCCCAGACUUACGCUCCGGGUAGGUCACUUUGGUGCUGCUAACGCAGCAGUUUCACCCCUGGAGUUUCACUCCACUGUCUCCCGAGACAGAUGGAUGCCAAAAACAGUAAAUGUGAGUGGCUUGAUCAAAAUGCUAAAUCUUACAUGUAAGUCCAUUUUAGCUUCCCCCUUUUUAAGCCAUGCCUUUGCUGAAAUGUUUGGAAGAAAGCAUUAAAAAUACUGUACCAUGCUUUUGCUUUGUGUGGGGCCGAUAGAUUCAUUCUAUCAAUGUCUAAGGUUGCAAUCCUAAACACACUUAAUAGGGAGUAAGCUUUAUUGGACCCAUUUGGAAUUAGUUAUGGGUGGACAUGCGUAGGAUUGUGCUGUAAACCAAGCCUGUGUGGUAUGAGCCGAUAGCCCUUAUGAAAACAUGUUUUAGUUUGUGCUCAUUCUUCUUCUGCUAAGUUUGACCGCUUUUUGGAAGUGCCAUUAUUACCUCCCAAGUGAGAGGUUGCCAUCUGUUUUUGACCAAAUGUUGCCAUGUAAAUCCUAACUAAAUAUAGUGUUUUUAAAUAUUAAAUAUUGUUUGCAAAAAAUAAUAUAAAAGUUUAGUUAACUCUGCCAUAGAUAACAACAUAAUCAUUGCCUAUCACUUGUGGGAUCACCAUAGCAACUAUGACGUGAUCUCUUGAAUUUUAGCGCAUGAAUAAAAUUGCUAGUUGACAGCAUUAAAAUGUGUACAAACUUUUAAAUUCCUAUAGUUUAAGUAGUUUAAGUAGAUUACGGUGCAUUGUUUUUAUGUUAAAUGUGUUUACUAUUAUUUUAAAUCUUGGUCUUUUGUGUGAGAGAGCUGGAGCGUUUGUUCCAGCCCUAAGUGUAUAAAACAUGGCAGCCUUAGUUGUGCAUUUUAGUUGCUAAUGGUUGCCUGGUUGAACGUUGAGUGAUCGGUUUGCAAAUAAAAUGGAGGACGCUUCCAUUUGAAUGCUAUAUCUGCAUUUUAGGUCCCCAUACUUCCUGAUUCUACUACUGUUAGAAGCAGCUCUUAGUGAUGAAGAAUGCCAUGUAUACAAGUGUCUUUAACAGCUUUUUGAUCAUGAUGCAAUUUUUUUCUGAUAGGGUUGGUAAAUACUUUUAAAAACGUUUUUCAACAUGUCUGUCUUCAACAAUGUUAUAAUAGUUAGCACCCAACAGCUAUUAUUUAUUUCCUUUGUGAAUUGUUUUCUCGGUGGCAUCUUGAAGUUAUUUAUGAUACAUUUAGAAUAUAUUACAUAAACAUUGCAUAUAUAAAAACAAUUUUUAAAAUUACAUAUAAAACAAUUAUAAAGAGUAAGGUAAGCUCUACAGUGAAUAUACAAUUUGUUUUAAAGUGGAAGUCAUAGGAAGGAUACUACCUACCUAUUCUUAAUGUUCAGCAUAAAGGAGGUUGGCAGUUAGCAGUGGUGCAGGUAGUAAUAAGAAUUUAAUAGGUCAAAGGGAAUUGCUGAGCUCAUUCCUCAUUAUUAGUCUAAUGACAUUUUAUACCAAAUGUGUAUUUACAGUAGACUUACCUUGUUGGGUUGUGCUGAUAUGAUCUAUUCAAUCUAGCAGCUAUGGUGUGCUUGCAGAAUUCAGUGUAGGUGCGUCUUGCUCUCUUCUGUAGCAUUGUAAUGUUCUACAUGUGAAUUAGAAACCCCAGUAUUCAGAGGGAACAUUUCAUCAAGGAGAAUGGGAAAUCCACUCAUUGGCAUGUUUCAAAGAUUGAGCCAGCAGUCUGUGCUCAUUGGCCUAUUUCAUAAGUUUCCAACAUUGUGUUUCCUGUUUAGAAGUGUUUUCUCUUCACGUGGGGGAAAAAGCAUGAAGCUUACAAAGAGAGUCAUGUGUGGCAGUUGCCAAUAGGGAGCUGCCUUAUACUUUGGACAAUGGUCCCUCUUCCAUCUCUUCCAUCCGUGCUGCCAAGAGAAGAACUUUUGCAGCAUUUAGUUUCUGCAGAUUGCUGGCGUAGCAUUAUGUAUGAACCAUAAUUGUGAUUUAAAAUAAACAUGUUCAUCUUCCUCAUGUAUGCAUUAGAGGUCAUGGUUUAAAACAGUCACUUGUGGAUCUUUGGGUCUCAUACUUUAGCAGUGUCCCGUGCAACUCUAAAAUUUGGCACCCCGCACAUCUCGCCUUCCAUUCUGCAUAAUAGUUGCUGCACCCCAUGUGGCAACCCCAAGGCCUCGCUCCCAGUGUGACCGAACCCAUUGUGCUUCCCUAAAUCCGCCUCUGCUUCAAUCCAGGAGUUAUGAAGCUGGCUUAUUUAGCUAAGCAGUUUAAAUCACUGUCUCUGCUUAAUAUGUAAGGCUAAGCCAAGCGUCUAUAAAAUGGAAACUAAAUGUUCCAGAGGUGUUCCUCCUGGCAAUGUGGAAGGGAAGGUGAAUGCUCAUAUAGUUCAGCAUUACAUACAAAUGUGGCCUAGAGGUAAGUUUCCUUAGCUGUGUUUUGGCACAGUGUCUGAAUUGGAGUCUGGAAUCUGAAUUCUGCAGAAAGAUCCUAUGGAUCAGUAUCAUACAUGUGUUAAGACGACCCAAUGACAGAAGUGAUAUAGGUUUAAAAUGUAAGUUAAAAGUGUUCCAAAAGUCAAAGUGGAUAAUUAUGGCAUGUCUGGCAUUGAAUUAGCAAUUAUUUGCUUAUCAUAUUCAAAAUUACAAUUAUUGUUGACUACUGCAACUAUUGCAGGCACAUCCAUCUCAAUUUAUAGUUUCGUUUGACGCAUAUUUAUGAGUGGUUUGAAAACUGUAUUGUUGAAAUGCAGUUUUCUUGUUUUGUUACAGAGUAUUCUAUAUUUAGAUAGAAUGAUGAAUUAAAAGUAGUAUAAAAAGCAAGGGAAUACUAUUAAUCCCCCCCCCUUAUGUUACAGGGAUUUAUUUGUCCUCUUUGUAUGAAGUCUCAUGGAUCAGCUGAAGAACUUUUUAAGCACUAUGAAGCAGUUCAUGAAUCUGGUAUUGAUACAAGCCAAGGAAGAGAAACUAACAUGUCUCCAAACAGGUACUAAGCAAUACUAAGCAGUAAUAACUUAUCAUAACGGCAUGUUAAGCAUGUAGUAAUCUGAACAUUGAAUAAUAUAUUGAAGCAUGUUAAUCUGUAGUAGAUAAAUGGUUCAGUUAAAUGAAAGGAUGAAGGCUACCAGUGUUACAAUCUUCAACAGCUUGCAUGCUAUUCAUUGUAGCAGACAAGGUACAAUGGGAUUUUCUUGUGUACCGUUUGUAAAAACUUGCUAGGCCUUUGAAUUGUACAUCACUUCUUACAAUUUUUCUGUGAAUGAACUUUUAGUGUACAAUUUUUAAUAUUGAUUUAUUUUUAUUAUGUUUAUUGUUGGUUGCUUCAAGACUUUUCUGGAAAGUAACACAUAAAUAAAAUAAGUUGCUGCAGUAGCAAAGAUGCUUUUCUCUCUAUAAUAUUAUAUCAUUGUUGUAGUAAUUAUUGACUGUUCCAGUUCCCCUUUUUUUCUUAAAAGAUUUUUUUCUUAAAAUACAUUUUUUUUCUUAAAAGAUGUUUUCCUAAUGCUUCAUGUAGAGAAAUGACUGCAUGUGCAUUUCAAAACUGGAUUGCAGUACUAAGUUUAUUUAACUAGGAAGUAAGUCCAGCUAAAGCCAAUCUUUAAGUUUGGACUGCAUCUUAAGGUACUUAUGUUAAUAAGUGUAGCAUUUCUAAAUAUGAUGGUUAAUAUGAGGGGGAGCUAAUGGAUAUAUGCUUAACUUGUAUCUGGAAUUCAGAAGACUAACUGAAAGUAGUUUGUUUGAAUAUUUCUCAGAGAAAUAAAUGUUAUUUAAUUUAACUGCAAAAAUUUAUUUUAACACAAGUUCAAACAUUAUUUGUCUUCUCUUUAACAUGGGAUGUUUUCAGAGAUGAUGUAACACUACUACGGCAAGAAGUUCAAGACUUGCAAGCUUCACUUAAGGUUGGAAGUGUGCAUUACUUGUAAAUGCAGUUCUUUGUUUAAAAUUAAAAAGUGCAUUAGAAGAUUGCCAAACCUAUAAGCUCAUAAAAUGCUUUUAACUUCCCUUUGCUCAGGAGGAGCGAUGGUACUCUGAAGAGCUGAAGAAAGAAUUAGAGAAAGUUCAAGGGCAGAGGCAGCAAGUAAUUGCUUUAAAAAUACUUGAAGCAGGUUUACCACAAGCAGUUUGUUAUCAUCCUUGAAAUGGAAGAUUAAAACCUUUUUUGUAAGGCACGUGGCCUGAUUCAGUUAGUUCCAUAACUCAUUUACUGAAGUAGUUUAAGAAUAUUGCAUGUGUGUGUGUGUAUCAUUUAAUAGAUUUAUUUAAUAGAUUUAUUUAACCUAUACCAAUAGUGGGGAACCUGUGGCACUCCAGACACUGUUGAACUUAAAUGCCCCUGAUGAGGAGUUAAAAGUCCAGCAGCAUCUGUAAGUUCACUGGUUCCCCACCCCUGAACUAUACAGUAGUAGUGUCAACAGUAUGACCAGCUACAAAGCUUUCAUAUUCCUAUUCUGGACCUAUUUCCCCUCUUCUCUUAAGUCUUCUGUCCCUUUCCCUCCCAUCUUGUUCUCUUUCCUCCCCAUGGCUUCCUUUUCCUCCUAUCACCCUUUUCUUCUCUAUUGUCUUUCCUCUGCUGAUCUUUUCCUUCUACCACUCUUUAAUGUAGUGCCAGUUAAGGAAGAAUUGCUUAAUGUGUGCUAUUUUUUUUUAAUGCACUCUUAAAACCUGUGAAAACCAGAUAUGCAUGUACUGAUCAAAAUCCUAUUAAAGAGAAACCCACCCCCUCUAUUUUUACUGGGUGAUAUCCAGCUAUGUCAUACUUGGCAUUAGGACCAUUGAAAUCAGUGGACUUAGUUACUUAGGUUUAUUUAUUUCAAUCAGCCUACUCUUGAAUAUGAGUAUUUGAUAUCACCUACUGAUCCUAUCUGCAUCUGUCUUCAUUUCUCUGGUCUCUUUGCCUCUCUCUGGCAGUUUGAGUGCCAGGUGGGAUAAGACCGUGGGGGCUUCAUCCUGCAGCUCUGUCCUUUGAUCCUAGCAGAAUGAAUGCAUAGUAACCCAACAAAUGCAACUACUUUACAAUCUUUAUUCAUUUCAGUGGAGUCCUGUCAAAGUGAAUGGAGAUAGCAUAAAAGCAUAGCAUUAUUUAUUGUGCCCUUAGUGUAGUGUGUGGACUCAUAAAAGCACUUGUAUGUACUAAAUAAUUUGUCUUGGUAACUUACUCAUGUGCAGGAUUAUUCUUAGUCACAACAACUUGGCAUUCUUUUCUCUAGAGGUAACUGUUGAAUUUGAUCAAUAAAAUGUGCUGAAUUUAAUCAGUUCUUAACUUUUGCAACUUAAGUGUGUGUGGAACUAAAUGGCAAUAUUUUUAAAUACCUCUGAAAAUUUUCUUCUUUUCUUUUUAAGGAGUCUAAACCUGAUGGACUGGAAACUGCUGCAUCUACAGGUAACGUACUUUUUUAAACACAGUUUUGUGGUGGUUAAAGAAAUGUAAUUGUCAAGAAAAUGUUAUUGCAUGAUUCACAUAUCUCUUGAAGCAUCCCUCCCAUGAUGUCUGCUUCAAGAAAAUGACUCAGCCAGCUGUAGUGCAAAUAUUUCAGUUUGAAGUGCAGCUGACAAAUAAUCUAAAAUUUUGUUCUCUGCUUUUGUCUAGAGCCAUUUCUGUACCUCUAGAAAGUCAUGCUGGUUCUAUAUUUUAAUUAGAGGAAAGGAGAUUAAUUUUCUUGUAAAAGUGUACAUGUUCCUGUAGCUUGUUCCCUUUUAGAACAAUUUCUUUCUGCUGCAGCUUGUUAUAGUUAAUGAUUUAAUAAACCACAAUUGCUACCAGGUUAAAUAAUUGGGAAACCACAAUUAACACACAGUUAAUUUGAUUAAUCUGAUGAUCUAUUUGCUCUGGAAAUUACUUGUAGUCCUCCACUUUAGUAUUUAUGUUAAAAUAAGCAGGAAAUCCUUAUAAUCUAAGUGAGUAAUGUGGGAAAAUAAAUUUAAAUAACAGUGCUCAAGAUUGCUGUGAGUAAAUGUGAAAUAUGCCUGUCCUUUGUAUGAAAAUGCAGCAUGUCUGCAUAGUUGUUUUGCAAUAUAACUGGGGUUCCUAGAAAAUGUACUGAUUUCUUUAGGAUUUGAUUAUGUUAAGCAUCAUUUUUUAUUCACAUGACAAGAUUCUAUUUAAUGUGAAAAAAUGUUAUUUUUAUCAGUAUAAGGGUCUGUAGAUAUUCAAUAAACAUGCUUUCUUUUUAGAAUUAGAAUCAUUAGAACAGCAGCUAGAAGAGAGUCAUGUAGAAAACUUUAAUAUUAAGCAGAUGAAAGACUUAUUUGAACAGAAAGCAGCACAGUUGGCCACUGAAAUUGUGGGUAAGUGUCCAUAAUUGUUAUGCAACACGAUGCUUGUUUCAGUUUAAAUUAAAUGAAUGACCUUUUGUGUGACCUUUCUCUUAACGAGAUCUUAAAGCCAAAUAUGAUGAAGAAACAAGCCUUCGACAAGCUGCAGAACAGAAAGUGGCCAGUUUGACACAAGACCUACAAAAAGAGAGAGGUGUAUGCGAAGAUUUGAAAACAGAGCUGGUAACUUAUUAUCAUGUGAUCAUUUUUACUUGUGCUUUGUCCAAAUUGGAAGGGGACGGUUCCAGCUAUUGAUCAUUUUAACUGCAUUUUUUAAACAAGCUGUUAUUGUUCAUCUUUGACAGUGAUUUUUUAAUGUUACAAAACAAGGCCCUGAUGUAAGAAUCUGUUGUCUUGCCCUAAACUAAAAAAAACUAAUGAAAGAGAAAUUGUUGUUAGGAAGUAAGAAUUUUGUACUUAUUUUCCCCCCCUGUUUACUAAAUUUAUCAUGGCUUUUUUUUUUUACAUCCUGUUGCCACAUUCAAAUUUAUGUACGUAUGCACAAUUAAUCAACUGCACAGUGCAUUUUCUACCCAGGAAACUAUUCCUGAGUACAAAAAGUAACUAGAUACAAGUUAUUACCCACAGCUGUUGCAAGUUUUAACCUUCAUAUGACUUUGAACUUCUCUGAGCAGCUCCAGUAGAUGUAGUUACAGAGUACUGUAGCAACAGGAGUUGAGUGUCAAGACAUCCCAUGUAGUUAAAACCAACUGUCUGGACCUAAGAAAUGAAAACUGGAUUUGCUGUUCUAGAACUGUUCAAAUACAGAAAUAUUGCAUAUGAUGCAGUGAUCAUGUUGGUUUUAAGCAGAUCUAAAUCUGGCCAGGGCAGUAUAGAAUAUUUUUUGUGUGCUGUUAAUAUCCCCGAUCACAGGUGUCCAGUUAGAAAAUUUCUGGCAAACCAUAUUGAAAAUAUGCUGCCAGUCUGAUUUCCAUAAGAUGUAUUUGCCAUUCUUUCAUUUCUCUAAAGCUUCAGAGGCCCGGGGUGGAAGAUGUUGCUGUUUUAAAGAAGGAAUUAGUUCAAGUUCAAAUGCUGAUGGACAAGAUGACUUUGGAGCGUGAGAAAGAAUCUGAGAAACUGAAAGAUGAGUGUAAUCAUUUGCGAGCAGAAUGUUCAACCUCAGAGGUAGAGUAUCUAGCAAAAAAUAUUUUUCAUGUAAAAAUAAAUAUUAAUCGAGGACUCUUGAGUUCUUUCUUUACUGUAAUAUUUUUUAUUAAAAAAACCUUUACUAGAAUCUGUUAUCAUUAUCAAUUCAUAUUAUCUUUGGAAGCCUGUGUGCAUUGCUACUUCCAAGUCAAUUCCCAUUUCACAAUAUCAUUUUUAUUCUCAUUAUUAUAUGGUGAUAUCUCUAGGCAGGGCUUUUUUGUAACAGUACCCACUGGUACAGAGAACUAGCAUCUCUCUCUCUCUCCCCCCCCCCCCCCAAGAGCCAUUUUCUGCUGGCACCCACAGCACUUUAAUCAGUACAGUGGUACCUCGGGUUACAUACGCUUCAGGUUACACACUCUGCUAACCCAGAAAUAGUGCUUCAGGUUAAGAACUUUGCUUCAGGAUAAGAACAGAAAUUGGGCUCCAGCGGCGUGGCGGCAGCAGGAGGCCCCAUUAGCUAAAGUGGUGCUUCAGGAAAACAGUUUCCUCUGGAACGAAUUAAGUACUUAACCCGAGGUACCACUGUAUAUGAGUACUAGCACCUCAUUUUUUAACCAAAAAAAAAGCGCUUAAGAUUGUGGUGGUCAGCUAUAUGAAAAUCUAUAAACAAGUUGUCUGUCUAGAUUGUUAGUUUUGCAUUGAUCAUAUUAUUAUUCAGUGUUUGUGACAUGUUCUUUUUAGUCAUCUGUGCUCAUCUUCCUCUUGGAUUCUAGAUACUAAAAAUGCUUUAUUAUAUAAAGCAAUGGUUCCCAAUUAGCGAAGUAUUGCACCCCCCCUGAUUUUCAGAAGCUAAGCCAUGCACCCCCUACUUUUGAAAAUUUUAAUAUCUCUUACGGUAGUUUUAGUUAUGUGAAUGGUGUCACGAACCCCCGUGGGACCACCAGUUGGGAACCACUGAUAGAGAGUAUGGGUGGGAAACCUGUGGCUUGUCAGAUGCUGUUGGACUCAAACUCUCAUUGUCUCUUAGCAUUGGUCAGGCUGCCAACGGUAUCUGGAGGGUAACAGGUUCCUUAUCCAAAGAGGACAGCUGUUGAGAGAUAAUGGGCAUAAAGCAGUAUGAAAAAGCAAAACAAAUACUCUUUACUCGAAGAAUGUAAACUGUAGUGGGACUGGGUCCCUGAAUUAAAAAGGUGCUGCCCACAAAGAGUUAUCUAAAUACUUGCAACUCAAUCUUAUAUAUGUUUACUUGGAAGUAUGUCCUAAUACAUCCAAUGGUAAGUGUGCAUAGGCGUUGCAGCCUGAUAGUGCAGCUCUCUGUGUUUCCGCUCAGAAGUAAGCCCCAUUGAAUUCAGUGGUAUUUAAUCCCAGGAAAGUGUGUACAGAAUUGCAGCCUAGCCCUGCUAAAAGUACAUCCAUGAAAUUCAUGAAAUCUGUGUUUAACGUGGUACUAGCAUUUAUCAUUGCUUUCUUUCACCAUUCAGCCAUCUGUUUUAUUUUUUUUGCUGCUUUCUCAUGGAGGUCUUGGAACUUGAGGUAAUACUUUAAAAAACACAAAAAAACCCCAACCUAUCACAUUGAGUUCAGUUCUAAAGAUCAUUUCAAUAUCUUGUUACAUCAGGUGGGAACUUACUGUGUAUUUGUGUGCAAAUCAAAGACAUUUCAGUAAACCUUUUGCAAAUAUUUUAACAAUUCAGCAAAGUGUUCAGGUAAGUAGAUGAACAAUGCCACAGAGUGUGAUUACAGAGGAAGAAAAACUAAAGGCUGUGGUUAUUAUGUCACAUCUGUGGAAGCGUUGGGGGAUGUGGCAUGGUUUUCCCUCUUCGGUACCUCAGAGCCAUCCCUGAUUAACUCUCCUUUUUUACUUAAAUAAAAUAAACAUGUCCUCCUAAGUUUUAAAAAGUGACUUGGAAAUUUGACAUAGAACCUCAUUUGAUAUAACAUCAGUGGAACAGGAGUCCUAUACUCCUAAUUAUGUCUGAAGGGGGAGAGCAGAAUAGCAGUACAGCUGCCGUAUCCAGCUGAAUUCAGCCUAUGAGUGGAGCAUAAAACACACAGCUGGAAAAUACAAAAAUGGCAUAAUAAAUCACAUUAUAGCAGCUAAUCCUAUACAUUAUGACAGCUUGGAUUAGCGUGGCAAGGUCCCUCAUGGCCAAGAAGUGUAGCUUUAUUUGAAUUUAUUGGGAACCUCAUUGGGUUGAAGAAUGGGGUGUUAAGUUAUAGAAAUAAAAGGGCUAGAGCUUAUACAAAAAGCGUAGUAGCUAGGAAGCACUCUACAAUCGCUACUGCUUGUCCAAAGACAAGGUGGGGUACCUGACCACUCGCAAAGCUUGUGUUAAAAUGUAGACAAACCAAUUCCAUCUAUCAUAAGCAGUCUAAACACCUUCAGUCUGUAGAUGUACUUGCUUCAUAAAACCACAAAAAAGGACCAUGGAAAGGGACCAGUUGUUCAAAAGUAACCCUGUCUGUAGCGAAUGCGUAUACUUUUAUGUUAUGGAAAGCCAGUAGUUUCAUCGCGAGCUACAUCCUGGUAGCUGUUUCGUAGCCAUAGUACAUGUGAGUGCACACACAUGCAAAAUAGAUUCAUACAUGCACACACACCUUUCAGGGAUCUGAGCUCUGUCACCAAAUUCUCUUUCUCGUGUUGAUAGUAAACAUGCUUCACCCCCACCCCUGGGACACUCAAUAUUUUUAACUUUCAUUUUUUAAAACAAUAACUUAUUGUGGUAAAAGAGUAAGGGACCUGCAUUUCAUAUGUAAAAGUUAAACACUGAGCUUUUGAGCUUUAUACCAUCACAUUGUCCUGUAUCCAUCUAUAUCAGAUAACUGUGAAAAAAAACUGCACACUGCCGUCUCCUUUCUGAAAAGUUGUUUCUGGUUACCACAAUAAAAUGGGAAACAAAGUUUCCUUCUUAUCCUGAAGAAAUCGAAAGAAGUGCUACAGGAGCAAAGCAUCCUCUUCCAGAGAUUCUAGAUAUAAUUAAAUAUGCCCAGUUUCUUGGUGGUGAUCUAAACUAAUAAAAACUCAGUUUCAUUAGAAUACCCUCAUGGAACACACACACACACUGAACCAAAUAUGUGAAUUGUUCUUCUACCUUUUUCUUUUCCUUUUUAAGACUACUAUAAAUCAGUUAAGAGCUGAACUUGCCAAAGGACCACAGGAGGUUGCAGUAUAUGUACGGGACCUUCAGAAGCUUCAAACUUCCGUUAAUGAAUUAACACAGAAAAACCAGGUAAGAAUCCUAGAGCUAUUAACUUUAUUUGAGAAUGUCAGUUGACACCAAACCUAGCAUUUUCAAGUGGUUAGCUAGAAUUCUGAACGUUGCAUCUUUGGAAUUUCAGAGGUGUAGAACUCAGUUGAUGAAGCUGGCAGAAGUAAAAUAAUUCAGUGGUACAGGUGCCCCUUGACUUUCUUUCUUUCUGUUAUUAAAAGAACACAACAAGAAAACAGAGACCAUGAUACUGACCCUUGGUAUUUAAAGGGGCAUGCAUUUGAUUUUGGGGAGAGAGAAAAGAUAGAAAUUAAGAGUUCAUAUCCAUGUCAGCUUUCCCAUACUCCCAAGAUUUGGAAAUACAUGGCAUUGCUGUGAUGUUUACGGACAGGUAUAGAGAUAGUGAAAAACAGUUUGCUCAUGUGGGAGCUGUGUGUGCAGCUGCUAUAAUUUGUGGCAGACCUUUCUUGGGACGCCACAACCGUGUAAAAUGUUCAUCUGUGAUGUGGCCCUUUUUGCAGCAGCAGCUUCACGUGAGUAUUACUCAGCUUUGAGACUUCCAAGGCACUUUUGUGGAAACAAGCACAAACAGUACCUGUAGCAUAGAUAUCAUUCACUGAGCAGAGCAUACCAUGCAUGUGUUUUAGACUGAAUCAGUUGGCCCUCUUACUUGUUACAUACUUUGUUUUUUUAUCUCCUCGUAAAAGAACAGUACCGUGAUACCAGUCAACGCUUCUUAAGAAUUUUAGUUGAGAAUAACUUCACAGCAUAAUGGAGUAACCUAUACUUUAAUUUUAAAUUAAUCUAAUACUGUAGAGUCUGGCAGAAAAGUUGAAAAAAAGAGAGUUGGGUUAUACUCAAUUAGAAGAAAGUCUAAAUGAAGAAUUACUCGGCAAAAAAAAUCUGCAAGCAACCCUUAAUCAAAAGGACUUGGACUGUCAACAACUUCAGGCAAGGCUGUCUGCAUCUGAGGACUCAUUACAGAGGUUACAGAAAGAAUUGGGUGAAAGGAGAGAAGCAAGUCAGAAACUUAAGGAAGAAUUGUCAGAAGCUGAGACCAAGUACCAACACCUCAAGGCCGAGUUCAAACAGCUACAACAACAAAGGGAGGAAAAAGAACAGCAUGGCCUACAACUUCAAAAUGAACUAAAUCAGGUAAGAUGAAUGUUUUUCACACAGAAGAAACUUUUAUAUUUAUUUUUCAAUUUAUUCAUUUUCAUAUGUGGAUUACAAAAUAAAGCAUAAAUUCAUAUCUGAGGUAACCCACAUUGGAGGAAAGGGGGGCUUAUAGUGGAAGCAAGUUGUGGGGGCUGCUUGUUCUGUGUUGUAAGAGCAGGGCAAGCCUGCCUGUUAGCCAUACUGAGACUUUUGCCUUAGACAGUACUAUGGAAAGAGGGGAGGGAGCAGACUUGAAUGCUCUCACCUGGCCACUCACCUACUCACCCGUUUCCAUUUAGGACUCCAGGAGCACCACUUCUGCUUUGCCAUUGCAGCAGAAUGGUCAGCAACACUCCUGCACUGCAUUUUGCCCAUGUCAGAAUGUCUGGGCAAGGUAGCCUUGAAGAUGGCCUGCACUGCUGCUGCUUUGCCAAGGGAAAUACUGUUCAAAGUUUAACAGCAGUUAAUUUUUAAGUGUAGUGAACGGUUUGGGUCACUUCAGCCAAAAUGCCUCACUCUAAGGACCCUACAUUUCCUCAGUAAACUCCGAUCCAGCAUAUCCACUGCCAUAUUUGUAGAUGUGAGAAGAAAUAGAGCUGUGUGGCAUCAGUAUAUUAAUGACAAUACUCUCAUAAUGUCCAGAUGAUUCCAACUGGUAGUUUCAUACAGAUGUUGAACAGCAUGGGGGAUAAAACAAACCCUUGUGGAAGCCCACAUUGAAGGCUCUAUGGGGCCAGUCCCCAGUCACUGCUCUCUGGCUCUCAGGUAGGACUGGAAAUAGCACAAAGCAGUGCCACUCCAGGAUGAUACCAUGGUCAUGGAUAUCGAAGGUUGCUGAGAGAUCAAGGAGAAUUAACAGGAUCAGACACUCCCUGCAACCAAGGCAGUUUCCAUGCCCAAACCAGGUCUAUUGCAUUUCUGUGUAGAGUAGCUGGUUCCAAAUUUGCAUCUAUAAAUAUAAAGUAGCAUAUAGACAUUUUAUAUAAAUCUGUACCUUUUUGGUGGUGUGCGAGUUCUUCUUAGGGAGGAAAAAACAACCAAGGAGAAAAGCUUGUUUGCCGUUUUCGAUAAGAAUCUGUUUUGGUUUUCUAACCAAUUGCCUGUAGUAGAUCUGUGCUCAUGCUGUGCCUGUUUUUAGUGCAACAUACCUCUUGUGGCAUGAUUGAAGUCUAUUGGUUGAUAAUGUUCUUUGGUGAUGUGCCAGAACUGAAGAUUCUGACAUCCUGUUUGGAAUUUAGAUUGGUGAAGUUGCAGUUGUCUCUGUAGCAACCAAGAGUAAAAGCAACAGCAUCUUCAACUGAUGAGUUCAGCUGGAAAUUCAUUUCAUCAUCACAGAGUGUGCUGUAAAUUAAUAGGAUUUGAAUAAGAUGAUUUUCUGUAGGAGAAAUACUGGACUGAAUAAUAAAUUUCAAGAAAAAGAAGUGCAGCUCACUGAAAUUCUUCUGUGAUAACAUCACAAAGAGAUGCAUUCCAUCCAGACUUGAGGUUUCAUAAUGGAGAAUCUUAAUAUUAUCCCUGUAGACCACAAAACAUUCCAACAUACUUAAAAAAUAAUAUCAUACCAGUCUGGAAUCCCCAGUACCUUUUGCAAUUCUGAUUUCAAAAGGCGGAACUAAAUAUAAAGGCUUCGCAGUGUUUCAGGAAGGUUCCAAAGGGAAUGUCCUCUGAGAAGACCUCUUUCUAGUUGUUUAUCAAACUGUUGACAAUAUAGUCAAGGUGAUACUGUGGGUCUAUUUAAGAAGUGUGAUCCAGUGUGAUGGGAGAGGCUGUUCUUGGGACAAAUCUGUAAGGCUGUAAAUAUAUUUCUCAUCUUUAACCCUUCUUUGUAAAGUGCUUUAUAAUUCUUAGCUCAUUUAUUGCUCCUGGAAAAUUCAUCCAUAAACCCAGCAUGUUAAAAGACAACCCUGUAAACAAACCCACAAAAACAUCUAGCUUGCUGGGGAAAGACAGAAGAGGGACAGAGGACUCUAUUGCUGUGUUGGGCCUGGAGGAGGAGACAUGCCUCCUUGGACAUCCCUUUUGGUUUCUAUGCUGGGCUCAGGGGAUGGAUAGAACACACUAUCCCAUAUCUGCCAGCCAACUCAAUUGCCUGCAGCCAUAUCUUUAUUGUUCACGGCUGCUGUCUAGUGCUUUCAAGGCUGUUGAAAGAUGUAGGAUAGCCAGUAUAGGUUCUAAAGCACAGGUGUAAUAUGUGUGGCACCUGUUCAUAGGAACAUAGUCCUGAUAAAAUGGCAUUUAAUAAAAAGAAUCAGACAAUCUCAGAUAAGGUUAGAUUUUGCAAGCCUUGAUUCUUUAAUCUGAGAAUGCUUAACACAUGAUAGAUUGUGUGUGGUUGGCAAGGCCUAAUCACUGACAAGUGUGCUGUUCCAGCUGUUUCUAAUGGAAGAGAGAUAGAAAGGGUGUUUGGUCCCCGGGAUAUUGUACUUGCCUCAGACUUGAAAGAGGUUGCUUUGUUUGUCUCUGGCUCUUUGAGAUAUUUCUUACAGAAUCAUUCUCAAAUCUUGCAAUCUGUAUUUGCCUACAACUGACAAAUGUUUUGUAGCAGGGGUAGCCAACAUGGUGCCCUCCAGAUGUCAUUGGACUCUCAUCUUCCAUCAGCCACAGCCAGCAAGGUCAAUGGGCAGAGAUAAUCGGGGUUGCAGUCCAACAACAUUUGAAGGGCACUAUGUUGGCUUCCCUUGUCUUAUAGUAUGUGCUUCUUUAUUGUAGACAUCCCUUUUAUAGAAUCACAGAAUUGUACGCUUGCAAGGGGCGCCAAGGGUCAUCUAGUCCAACCUCCUGCAAUGUACUUAAGCAGUUCAUAUGUGCACAUACAAGCUGUACGUCUGAAUAAAAACAUAGCCUUCGUAUGUGUGUCUUCAAAAUAUUUGCCAUUUAUUAUCAUUACAAAUAUUUAUUACAGAAAAAGAAAAUGCAUGAAAAAGGUGAAUUCACAAAACCAAAGCAAAGAAUGAAUACGGCCUUAUGAUCCCCUACUUUUUCAUUCCAAAAUAGGAAAGUUAUCCGUAUUUCAAUUAACUUAUUUUCGUAUAAAUUGUUUUCUCUUGCUUUGACACAAUAAGUAAAGUUGGAGCUUGUAAGUCUCAAAUCCCAAAAAAUCCACUCAAAGUAGGGUAUCCUUAAGUUGAAAUUGACAUUCCAACUGCUGCUAACAGAAUAGUGACCAUUUCCGUGUCCGCCUUAACAACACAGUUCUCUAACUAAUGUAAGUUUAUAUUCAGUGGGUUCUUUAGAAUCUCAUAUACAGUUAAUUAUUUGAUGUUAUCCAAGACAUGAUUCCAGAAAUUCUUAGUUUUACAACACUCCCCAAAGAUAUGUGGGCACUAUAAAUAUAAAAUUAUUUGCAAGGUGUAAAAUACCAUCAAUACAAAGUUAGAGUGAUUUUAUUUUAAAUUAUUUGCUAUUAUACUUUGUUCAUUCUGUGCCCAAUCCAUUUCCAAGCUCUUUCUGGUAUGUUGGUUCCCAUUUUUUCUGAUUCCCUUUCUCUUUUUUUAGAUAAAGUUUGAGAAGUAGUCUAUAGGUGUUAUCCACCUUUUCUUUGUGUACUUUAACACAGAACAGAUAAAACAGUUAUCGAAAUCUAAUCAAUUGCUGCUUAUAUAUGCAGAAUAUACAAAAUGAACAAGUAAAUAAAAACAUGCCAUUGACCCCAUUCUUUAGGUGAGGUAGCCUUGAAAGGGAAUGAUUUGAGUCCCUCCCACCUAACAUAUUGCCAAAGCAGUGCCGUUUUAUGUGCAGUUCCCAAUCCAGUGAUGUGAGCCAUAUACACGUUACCCACUGCAUGAUGUGUUUGCAUGCGAGUAUAGCAGAUUAAAAGAUAAAGUGCCAAGCGUCUGCCAAACAUUUUCUUUGAGAAUAAUGAGACCAGUUUCUCCCUCCAGUUGCACAAUAAACUUCUGGAGACAGAGCAUCAGCUUGGGGAAGCACAUGGCCGGCUAAAAGAGCAGAGACAACUGUCAAGUGAAAAGCUGAUGGACAAGGAACAGCAGGUGGCUGACCUUCAGCUAAAACUUUCACGGGCUGAGGAGCAGGUAGGAAUUAUAAGCAACAUGAAGUUCUUGCUUAGCUUUUAAAUUAUGUUCCAUAGUAGGUAUCUGGAAUAUCCGUUAUCAUAUUGUUGGAACUUUAAUAAAGUAUAAGCCAGUACUCUAUAAAUGUGCAAGUUGCUUUGACAAAUUAAUCCAGAAAAGACUUUGAAGUCUCUUGACCACUUUGCAAAAAAAUAGUAAGGACACAAAUUAUUAAUCAGUACUAAAAUAAAGGAGGACGGGAAGUCAGAAUUGAACUGGCCACUGCAAAGAGGGUGAGCAGGCACUGAUCGUCUUCACAGGGCUCUGUGAGAUGAUCUCUCUCUGGAAUUUGUGGAAGGAGCCGUGGCUCAUCUUUCUCUUGAACUGAGAUCAGUAGCCCAUCCUGCACGCUGCCAACAGUCUCUUUCCUCCGCUCCCCUUCCAGUACUUCUGUGGGAUAUCCUGUGUGCUUCAGUUGUAGCUACACUGGGGGGCGGGGGAGGAUCCGAAUGGUUUCAGUCUUAGCUAAAGAACUGUGCCUUCUAAAAUCCCUUAUUCUGUUCCCUCUCCUCUCUCUCCAAUCUGAAGACAUACAAAGUAGGUAAGGUGAUAUAUUUUUAAUGGAUCAAAGUACUGGUCCUCCUUGAUUGAACAAGAGGUCUUUAUUAUUUACUUCCCCCUCAAGAUUUAUCCUGGGGUUAAGGCAGUUGUCGCUAUCUGGCUUUAACUAAACCUAUGAAGAUUAUUGUUAUUGUUACCUAAGGCACAGCAUGCAAAAUUCUAAUUAUGUCAAAAUUCUUAUUAAUGAAACAGAAGCCAUUCUCUUUUUUUCACAUGCAAAUUUCCAGAUGUAAAGCACCAUGCCAAGUUAUACACUUUUAUUGUACUUUGGCACCUGUUGGUAUAGAAAAAUUAUUCCCUGGUGAAAUACUGAUACUUCAUUUUGUCUGGUACAAACCUAAUACAUGUCUUCUAAACUCAUUUAAAAGGUAUCUAUUGUAAACUGCUUCAGUAUUAGACAAAAUGAUAAACGCUAUUAAACUACUGAAUUGUGCUUAUCAGUUUUCAGUCAACAGUCUGUGACUAUUUUUCUAAGCUAAAGGAGAAAGCAGCAAAUGCAACUGAAUUGCAGCAUCAGUUAGAUAAAAUGAAACAGCAGCACCAGGAGCAACAGAAUCUUCAGCAAAGCACGACAGCAAAGCUGCGAGAAGCCCAGGUAAGAGAGCUCAUGCUACUAGAAAAAAGAUCAUGGCAGUAGGUACAAGAGGUGGCAAUAUCAAUUUCCUCGGAUGCACCAGGCGAGCCCUCUACAAAAAAACAAAGAUUUGACUCCUGUCAUUUAUUCAUGCUUCAGUGACUUUUACACUGGAUUAAUGACACCCCAGUUUAAAAAAGCAUUACAGCUGAUGGACUGAAAACCUCAACUGGUUCAGCGUUUUGAUGUUCGUCUGCUGAUGGUAUAAUGAUAUGUCAACCAUAUAAAAUCUGUGCUGAAGUUAUCUUCAUUGGCUGCUAGAUUUCUGAGACCCAAUCCAAGCUUAGGGUCUUAACUUUUAAAUCCAUAAAUGAUCUGGGUCCUGUGUAUCUCAGGUAGUAGCAGAUCUUGCAUUGAGGCCCUGUUCGAGGUAUCAUCAGUUGUGGACAUCUGGUUGUCCUUAGCUUGCAGUCGUUUUCAGGGAAGGGCUGCUUUUUUGAACUCCACCUCUUUGAAAGUUUGACAGUUUUUGAGCACAGGGACUGAAAACUUGUUGCUUUUUUGGGGGGGGGGUGGUCAGGUAUUAGAUUCAGUAAAUUCUGUUUUGUGUUUUGCUCAUUUUGAAACUGUUUUGAUUGCCCUUCUGUUGUGGCUCUCUGGUUAGGCUUGUUGCCUGUUACAUUUAUUUUUUUUAGACUUUCAUAAUUUCAAUACGUUCUUACUGUAAACUGUGCCUGGAGCCAUUGUGGUUAAAAGGCAAUAUCAAAAUACAGUAAGUAAGUAAGUAAGUAAGUAAGUAAGUAAAUAAAUAAAUAAGUGCUAUAAUUAAUUGAACUCUUUUAUUCUCCUGCCACCCUCAAGAAUGAUUUGGAGCAAGUGUUACGUCAGAUUGGGGAUAAGGAUCAAAAAAUCCAAAAUCUUGAAGCCCUGCUGCAAAAAAGUAAGGAGAAUAUCACCCUGUUGGAAAAGGAAAGGGAGGAUUUGUAUGCCAAAAUUCAAGCCGGUGAAGGAGAAACCGCUGUUCUUAACCAGCUACAAGAAAAGAACCACACUUUGCAAGAACAGGUAAGAUUUCUAAGGUAGAAUUCUGGGUUCGUUUAAAAAGAGGUGUUGCUUUUCUGUUCGAUUCACAAAGUGUGUCAUGACUGAGAUAGUAAAAAUAAAUGGAAAGAAUACUGUUUAGGCAUUUAAAAGAUCAGACUCUUGUUUUUUUCCUUGUAAAUUUGUUAUUUUAAUAUUCUUGAAUAUGUGAAAAAUUGUUUAGUACAUACAAUGAUAUGUUAUUAGCCCUACCCAUACUAUAGAGUGCCAACACUUUUCUGAUAUUUUGUAGUUUAAACAUAUUAUUUUCACAUUGGAGAAUCUGAUUCAAUGUUAGAUGGUGCUUUCCCCCUCUAGUGUAUAUAUAAAAUAAAUACUUGAGUAUGUUGUUUGUGGAUACACUGAUACAAUCUGUUCCCAUACUGCUACACCAGUAUACCCUAGCCAAAUUAGCAUAACAUUGUCAGAGUCCUGUGCUCCCAUAGCAGCAAAGUAGAAAGCAAAAUAAUGCCAGUAGAAAUAAGAGAGAACCUAGCAACACUGAAGGCCACUCCUUAUAGCAUUCAUGCAAUAAGACUGCCCUGAUUGUGCUUGCUGAAGAUGCCCCCAGAUUAGUUAUGCAUGGAAGGCAUCAGUCAAAGCCUGGUGAAGACUAAAUGACACCAUUUAACAAUACCAUUCUAUCACCCACCUUGGUUCACAUCCUUUCUUAGGCAUAGUGCAAAACAGGAAGAGAUGCCAACACCUUCUUUAGUACAGAUCUCCACGGUACCUGUAGAAAGGUGUAAAUUGAUAUAUGCCAUCAGGAGCUUCAGGUGUCUCUGUAGGCAAAGGCUUGAAACCCUCAGCAGCCCAAACAGUGGAUGGUAGUCCAUAAUCCACAAACAUUUUGCCAGGGAGCACUGCGAGGGAGAAGGAAGAUUAUUCUUGCUGCAGCAGUCAACCAGUUUCAUAUUCUUGUUAACGCAAGAACUCCAUGGAGAGCCAAAGUGUGGCAGACCUCUUGGGAGAAGAGCCAAUGUAUGGUGUAUAUAUAAAAUGACUUUCUUUAUAGGAACAAACCGAAAGUUGAGCUUCCACCAAGAACUCAAACAGAGCUUAACAGGAGGGCUAUAAUCAGAUAGACCCUUCUGAGUCAACUUCCUUACUCCUUACCCUUUUGACGCUUAAAUUUUAUAAAUUGGUUUUGCAGCACAACUUUAAUUUGCAUUUGAUUCUAAUAAUAGCAGGGUAAAUGUGUGAAGUCUAUAGUAGUGCUUGUCCUACUAAAAUUAUAAAAGAAAGGCAACGGUCAGUGUUGGUCUUCAUAUUAUAGAGUAGACAAUAUAUUUUGUAAGUUUCCCUGCUCUGAUUAUCCUUUUGUUUUCUUUACAGGUUACUCAGCUGACGGAAAAACUGAAAAACCAGUCAGAAAGUCAUAAGCAGGCGCUAGAGAAUUUGCAUGAGCAAGUGCAGGAGCAGAAGGCGCACCUAAGAGCCUCUCAAGACCGCGUUCUCUCCUUAGAGGCAACCAUAAGUGAACUAAAUACUCAGCUAAGUGAAAGCAAAGAAAAAGUAAUACAACUUGAUUUGCAGGUAAUUUAAUUUUAUGCUGCGUGUGAAUCAAAAUAUAUGAGGGGCAGGGAUACUAGUUUAAUUUCAGUAAGCCUGGUGACAGCAGUCUAUCUUGAUCACCUUCAGAAAUUUGCUUCUAUAAUUCCCUGAAAUUAAACCAGUAUCCAUGCAAACAUCACUAUUUUUUUUAAAAAAAGUUUGUAACUGUGUAACUUGCAUGCUGCAGUUGUUUGCUCUUCAUCAGUUAAACUACAGUUGGCACGAUUCUUUGAGAGAAGCUAUGUGCUUUAAAUAUAUGGCAUGGAUGUGACCUUAGUGCUAAUCAGAAUUUAAUUCAAAUAGCUUUUGAGCUCUGAUUCGCUCAUCCAGUUGUUCCUACCUUUUCCUCUUUCCUCACCUGUGCAUUGCCACUGCCCACCUUUUGGUUUGCACCUUGCUGCAACGUUUUGUCACUUUGUUUUGGAAGCUCUUUUCUUUUAAAAAGAUCUGUCAAAGCAAAUAUUUUCACAUUUAUGGAUAACAGGAGCUAGCUUGGGGCUAUCAGUUCUGCUAUAGUUAACGAAGCAAAGAUUUGCAUGAACAGCAAGCGUAGUUGACUUGAAUCUGGCGAUAUUGCUGAACCAUGUAAUUUACCUGCAAAUUACGUUUGCAUUGAACAUCAAGGCAGGUUGGAGGAAGUAUUAUUAUUGUCUCUUUAUUGUCUUGCUAUAUGCUAAAGAGGGUUAGAAAACAUAGAGCCAGAGUAAUAAAAGACUUUGCUUUAUGUUAUUGGCUUUGUGGGUUAGAAGCUCUCCAGAGUUUGGUUAGUUCUAUGGGCUUCUUUUUUGCACUAGCCCCUGGAACUGUAAAAAUGCUAUACUGGAGGAAUGUUGGUUUAUCUCUGUUUUGAAUUGAAAAUAGGCUUAGAAAAGAAUAUAGGAAAUUUUAAAUCAUUUCUAUGGUAAAAGUCAGUUUAAAACUUAGAAAAACUAAGGUACAUUUGGAAAGUUCUUCAAAAAUACUCACAACUGGCAACCCAUUUUUGGACUUGAACUGAUGAAUUGUGGCUUUUCCCUGAAUUGAUGAACAGUUGAAUUGCUGUGAUGAAUUCUGUUUCAGUGGCAUCUUUUGGGAGAAUAAUUGAUUUAAUCGGUAUCAUGAUACUUAGUAAAUUGCUUACCUCAGGAAAAUAAAAGUAGUUUAAAGAAACUGCAGUUGUUGUAGUAUUAGUGAUUGAUACUGAAGCACUUGCUUAAUUCUCUGUCAGGUAAAAGCAAAGACUGAAUUGCUUCUAUCAGCAGAAGCAGCAAAAGCGGCUCAAAGAGCAGAUCUCCAGAAUCACUUGGACACUGCCCAGAAUGCAUUACAAGAUAAACAGCAGGUGAGAGAAACAACAAGGUCAUGUAAAAUGCCUUCAUGAUUAACAAUGAUAAUCUGAUAUGCUUAAAACCAGAUCACUUGGGGAAAUCUUGUAUAUAAUAAUAUAACUCUGUGGUGACCUCUAUGGUUGAAAUUGUUAAAACAAUAUUGUUAAGUUAUUUUUUUAAAAUGAAGUAUGAAGGGAGAUGCAUACAUGACUUACUACAAUGGUGAAUGAACUGUAGUGGAAGAAAAUGGGUCAGAUUUGACUCGAUUCACACAACUUUUUAGGAUUGUCUGAAGCCACUGUGGGAAUGUCAAUCAGCUAAUGAAUGAGUGGGUGGGUGUAAAAUUCAGAAAUUAAUACUCCUUUUUUAUUUAUUUGUUGUAUUUCUAUAUCUAUCCCAUAAUGGAGUUCUCUGGGUGGCUCAUAAAGAAAAUUAAGCAGUUCUUUGGGUCCUAGCCCAUAUUUUUCAGCUGGGAAUGAAUUUUCCUUGAUGCAUAUUGGCUAAUGGAACAAUUUAUGGCUUCUUAAACUUGAGGGAGGGGUAUUCUUUUUGUAUGCAUUUUUGUGCUUUUAUAUUGUAAACUGCUCUGUGAUUUUCGGAUGAAGGGCAGUAUGGAAAUUUUAAUAAUAAUAAUUAAUACUUUAAAAAUGAAUUAGUUAAGGGCUUUCAGCUGCAAAGUAAUCUUUUUUUCCUGUUAAACAUGUGUGACAGUUACGGGGAUUCUCUAAAAAUUACCCUUUUCAAUGUUUAUUAAAAGGAGCUAAAUAAGGUCAGUACACAGUUGGAUCAGGUUACUGCUAAGCUGCAUGACAAACAAGAAUUCUGUACUCAGCUGGAAGCCAAUCUUAAAGAGUACAAAGAAAAGCAUCUUCAUUUAGAGCAGAAAAAUGAAGAACUGGAAGGUCAGCAUAAGGUUAGCAUCUAGGAACCUUUUUAUUAUUAUUUGUUCAUAUACUGCAUAUAUGAUACGUGCAUUAUCAACAUUGGCAAAGUGAGGAUGGUGUGAGUGGAGAAUUGCUCUGAAGGUAGGAUCAACUUUUUAUUCACCUGAUUCAAUGGCUACCAAAUGUAGAACAAAGAAAAAGAAAAGGAAGGAGGAAAAGAAAAGAAAAGGUCUCCAAAUUGUAAGGGAUGUAGAGAAAAAAUGAAGGUUUCCUAAAAAUGCUAUGGCACAGAAGCCAGUGAGUAGCACUGCUUCAGUAAUGUACUUGCCUAUACAACAGUAAAGAAAUAGAGUUUGGAGGUUAUUUGACGUUUGACUGCCUCUUUGAAAGCGAAGUUUUAAAAACAGCACUUUUAAUAGCAAUUGCCAGUUCACAUUUAAUCACAAAAUUUGUGUAAGCUUCCCUGAAAUAUGUGUGGAACAACAUCUGUCAAAAUAAAAACACGAUUUCUUUUCAGAACAAAUGGACAGAAGGGGGAGGGGGAAUAUUUUUCAGAAGUAGCAUUUUGGGUGUAACUUCAUUAUUAUUAUUCAUUGAGUGCCACAGCUGGACUGUCAGUGUGGGUGAGGCAUAUUUGAUUCCUAAACAUCACAUAGCAGAGAUGAUAUCCUGCUCUGCAGUGUGUUUUAGUGGGUGAGACUGAGGUGCUGAUCAAAGUCAAGUUCAGGUUUAAGCAAGUUAUGUUGCUUAAGGAUAAAUAUUUGGAUUGUAUGUAAGGAUCUUACCCAAGUAAUCUCAAAAGUGGCCAUUUCUUUGAAUAUUUGUGGUCUUCUCCUUCUUAAAUGUGGGGAAAGGUUUUGAAUUUGUUUCUAUCUGUUACUGGGGAAAUUAAAGAAAAGAAACUACGCCGUUAAAAUAUCAUGUGUAUAUGCUAUACAAGAUAACAAGUCUUGCCCUCUGCUUACUUAGAAGAAUGGGAAUUUAUUUUUAAUUUUUAAAAAAACUUCUUAAAAUUGUGGCAGUGUAUUUUGUGAAAAUUGUUAACCUUCUGAAAUCUUCCAUUUCAGAAACUUGAAUCUGACAUUCUUGAAGUCAUGGGAAGUAAGGAAAAGGCACUUCAGGAGCUACAGGAGCAAAGGCAACAAUGCACAGACUUAAGUCUGAAGGCUGCAGAACUGACCAAACAACUAGACAGAGAAAGAGAAAUGUAUGCUAAAUAUCUUAAAACAUACUACGUUCCAACUCUGAAUUGAAGCAUUUUUGUUGCAGAAUGCUUCUUCUUUUCCCUCACCCCCACCUUGGGAUUAUAGCAGGGUUGGAGAUUUAACUGCAGAAAGCUAGAAACGGCGCACAUUUUUGCUCCCUUAACUCACAUGCCCUGCAUUUUAGCAGGAAACAUUUCUCCCUCCUUCUGCUGCCAGCUGCCAGCACACCUAACUGUAUGCUUUGCUCAUCUGAUCAAGCUGCAUUAUGGUGUCUCUGAUUUUCAUACCUGAGGCACUGUAUUCCUUAUGCCACAGUUACUUAGACACAUCACAGUAGCACAUGUCCCUCCAGUGAUGGUCAGUGAUGGUCCAGUGAACCAUACCAUUGGCCUACCGAGUUCCGUUUUGCCUAUUCUGAUUGGCAGAGACUCUCCAAGGCCUCAGACAUGUCUUUGUCAGCGCUUCUACCAAAAAUCAUUUUAUAAGAUGCCAUGAAUUGAUCCUAGGCAUUUAUAUGUGCAAAACACAUGCUCUGCUCCCGAGCUGUGCUCUCCACAAGUGCAGUGCAGGGAUUUGUUAUUGGUUUGUCCUCAUCAGAUAAUUCAGAUCUGUCGAUAUGUCAAUGAUAAACUGCUUUCACUAUUAGUACCAAGUUUUAUGAAUAAAUUGUUUUGAAUAAGCAACAAGAAUACAAAUAAGAUUAGUUAAAAUUCACACAACUGACCAAGCAGACCUGCAUUUUAUUACUUAUCUAUUUAUGAAUUUCCUUUUACAUGUUUUUCAGUAUACCACAAAACAGCUAAAAAUAGUUUUAAAAGCAGUACAAAAAGCAACUUCACCUUAAAGACAAUAAAAAAUGGGCACAUAAGGGAGAUUUUUUUAAAAAUCCAACUGGAAAAGCUUAUUGAAACAAAAAUGUCUUGAAUUGUUUCUGAAAAGUUCAGAUAGCGAGCGUAGAUAAUAUCUCAUCAGGACGACUGUUCCACAAAAUGGGGGCAGUGUUAUGGAAGAGUUUACGUAUUUCUAAAUGGAAAAGAGUUGAAUUGAAAUCGCUCUUCAUUCUAGAAUUUGCAUUUCAACUCACAACAUAUAGUUUAUUGGUGCUGCCAGCAUAUCAUUUAGCUAUCAGGAGAUGAAAAGAAAGCUUAAAACAUUAGUGAUUUAAGGGGAUAACACAUGUGUCCCACUUGUUAUAUUUUAUGUGUGAAUGUUGGCUUAUGCUGCAGUUUAGUAUUGAACUAUUUUUGAGUUUUAUUUCCUCCCCUCUGUACAGAAUAUCUAGUACCAAAUUAGAUCUACAAAAGAAAUGUGAUAGCCUGGAAGAAGCGAACAAGCAGAUAUUGAAGCAAGAAGAAGAAAAUGGAAGACUGAAAUUGGAUAUUGAGAAAUUACAUCAAGAUUCAGACAGACGGCACAAGGAACUGGAUGGAAGGCUGCAAGCACUGACAGAGGAUUUGCAGAAGAUGAAGUUGGAAAAAGAUACUCUAUUAAAGGAACUUGAAGUUAUCAAAGAAAAACUGUCAAAAAGCACUGAAUCUUUGAAAGAAGCAAAAGAUGAAUUGGAAAAAGAGAAACAGAAAGGAAAGGCAGCAGUGGCAGAAAUAGUGAGUCAUGAAUUUUUAAACAAAUAGAGAUUUCCUGUGCGACUGAUUUGUGCAUCUAUGAAUACUAGCUGUGCUUUGCUACUUGCUGUGAGAUUUUAGGGCAGUAUGCCAGGACUGGUGAAGCUGACAAUGGGAAAUUAAUACUCUCAAGUAUACUAAAUCGAGCUUUUCACUAAUUAAGUGUAUUAUCUUGGCCUGCACGUGUGUGGUUCUUUUGGGCACUGGCUGAAUUAGAUGUCCAUCUGCUGUGAUUAAUUUUUGAAUGGAAUUGGAAAGAAUUGGGAGAGGUAAUGAAACAGGUUUGUUUGAUGUGGUUUGUGGAAGAAAUGCAACUAAAAGUGCAUGAAAUAUCUCUGUGUGUGUUUUUGGCAAUGAGGAGAACCCAGUUAAUUAAGGAACACUGUCAUAACUUUAAAAAGAUGCCCAUAUGUUUUCCAGAACAUGAUAUAGAAUUCCUUAUGUUGUAUUAUAUAUAAACAGAUACUACAGUAACAAUUCUCACUCUCUUGUGGGCUUUUGAGGCCUUUUAGAAAGGCAAGUGACCCUAGUACCCUGUUGGAGAUGAGCGGCAGGAAAAUUGUUGUUAUGAAUAUGACGACUGAAAUUGCUGGCUUUGAGGGGGGAAAGUAAUAUCAGCUAGAAGAAAUUAUAAACAAUAUGAUGAUAUCAGCUGGUGUAGGGCAGUAUGACCCAUGCCUUAAAAAAUAAAACCACAUCUAUUUUGAAAGAUGAUAUUAUCCACGUAUUUCCUCUCUUACCUGAUUUCUAUGUAGGCCAACAUUAGAGUACAAUAGUAAUAUACAUUUGAUGAAAUUUCUGUUUUUGAAAGCAUAUAGAAGCUUUUCCCUCAGAAUUUCAUUUUCUUUUUUUAUGAUGACAAUAUAUUCUCUUAGUGUGAUGCAUUCUAAAACAUUUAAUAUGUGUAAAUUAAAUAUUUUUUACUUAUUUUAUACGUUAUACACAAAACUUUUAUUUAAUGCUGCAAAGAUUUCAAAUCUAUGCAGAAGUGCUGUAUUAGGAAUUUUUUUUACCCUAAAAAUGAUAUGAUUCAGUGCUUUGGUUUUAACAAUAAAAGAAUCCUUGAAAUUAGUUGAGUUCUUAUUUUUAAAAAGGUUUCCCUUCCUCCCACUGAUUACUGUUGUUAAAGUUAGUUUCCAAAAACUUAAUUUUCACUCAUCAAUUAAAUGUAAAAGUAUAAAAAUGCUUACAGUGCAAGUCUGUACGCUUCUACUCACAAGUAAGUUCCAUUGAGUUUAAUGGGGCAAACACAUGAGUAGAUAUAAGAUGGCAGCCUUGGCUUUUAACAUAACUGGUUUUGUUACUGACCUUUAUGAUGAACAGUGUUUAAUGAAAAUGGUCCAUUGUGAAAAGAGAAAAGUUCUCAUUGUUUAUUAGUGCUGUAGAUUAUUACCUUUGUUUCUUUCAUAACCAACCUUGUGGUGCCAGGUUCUGAUCUACACAGUAUAUCUAUCUAUCUAUCUAUCUAUCUAUCUAUCAUCUAUCUAUCACCUAUCUAUCUAUCUUCACUAUUUAUUUAUUAUACUCAGUUUCUUUGAAACUGUCCAUUGUUUUCUACUGAAUGGGAUUUUAAAAGCUGUUAGAAUUCAUUGCUGAAACUUCCCCAUUUUUUUUCUCCCCAAAAAAGAGAGAGGUCUAUAUUUUGGAAACUUUAUGAGCUCACCAGUCAUUCCUUUUCACACAGGAGAAAUCUUGUCAAGAAGCUAGACAUCAACUCCAGCUUCAGUCGGAAUCUAUAGCUAAAGAGCAGAAUGAACUGAAAAACUCGCUGGAAAAACAAGAAGGGGUAAUGCUGACUUUUUGACCGCAAGCAUGUGAAAUCAGCAAUUGCUUUAUCAAAUAGUUUUUGCUAGAAUCACACCCAGAAAGAGAGAGACAGAGUGCUAACUUUCCACAAGACUAUACCCAAAACAGAUUUCAGUUAAUAAAACUGUGGACGAUCGCUCCAAGAUUAAACAGCUGUUGUGUUCAUGUUCAUGUUUUAACUCAGAAAAAGUAUGAGCACAGACCUAAAAAUGUUGCAGUAUUCUAUUUCUACAACCAAAUUCAUAAAGUGGGUUUUUAAAAAAUGCUCAGUUUAGCUCAGAUGAUGGAUAAUGACAUAGCAGUGUCCCCUCCAAGGCAUAAUGUUAAAAGCAGCAGCACGAAAAUAAUACUACAUAUGGUAAAGAUAAUACACAGUACUGUUCUGCUUUUCUUCUCUAUGUAGAUCUCCAAGCAGCUGGCAACAGAGCUUGAUUCAGCGCGUGCGCAAGUCCUGCAGAUUCAAAGUGUCCUGAAAGAAAAAGAAAAGAACGAACAGCAGUUGCAGUUGAAGGUGAAAGAACUGAAGGAAUCUUUUGACCAGAAGAAAAAGCAAAAUGAAACACAGCAAGCUGAAUUGAAAUCAGCUCUCUUAGAAAAGGUAAGAGCCCACAGCAUACAAAGAGGGUUUGCUACCAGUUUGGAUUGAUCUGAACACUGCUGUCUUCUGAAUAAAUGUAACAAAAUUAAAUAAACCAUAGGUAUUUAUUUCAUAGGGACAAGUAUUGUAAAGUACUCUGUAAACGGAACAGCGAAAAUGUUAGCAAUAACGCAAGUAGAAAAUGUUCAUACUUGUACGUUUCCAUGUUACUCUUUAUUAUGUAUAAAGAAAACUCUUCUCAUGUGUGUGUUAGGCAGAACUGGAGAAUAAACUGCAGCAGCAGAUAACCUUGUCAGCACAAGAGCUUACGGCAGAGAGAGAAAAGAUAGCAGAGCUACAGAAGACACAUAAAAAGACCCAAGAGAACAUGGAAAAACUUCAGUUGGAUUUUUAUGGCAAAGAAUCUGAGCUCUUGGCUACACGACAAGAUCUUCAGGUACAUUACAUCACUUUUAAGGCUAUAGGGCAUCUUUUCUCACUGUGUGCAGUGUAUUGUUCCUGUGCCUUUUAAAUUGGCAAUUAGAGGAUACAAGUGGAAUCUGCAGCAAAAUACUGCAGUGUGGAAUGCUCCUGUUCUCUCUCCCAAUUGCUCUUUUUUGGGAAAAAAUGUUAGUGUCUAAGGUGUAUACACUGCAAAACAUUUGUAAGGAAGCAAGAAAGACCUUGAUAAAGUGCCUGUUAUAUGAAGUGCUAACUUUGAGGGUAAAUAACCUAUAAAUACUGAGUUGUCUGAACUAUGACAAUGGCACCCUCUGCUGGAAUAUUUGGGAGAAAUACUUCUGAUUUGUGUUUUUUUCAUUUUCCUUAUAACUAAAGCUAUAGCAGGAUUUAAGACAUUUUAAAAUUAAACUAGCUUUAUACUUAAGUCCUCUAGCCACCGUAUAUGUAAUCCUAAACACAACUAAUGGAAAGAAUUACAACCAACAGCAGCAGAAGUAUCAUCCUCUAACAAUAUUACAUAUUUAAAGUUUUUUUUAUUUUUUGUAUUAUGCUGGACAUAUAUGGCUUUUGUUUUGCAUUCAUUGAGAGUUAGCCCGCUUUGAUCAUUAAAGCAGUAAAUGCUCAUUUCAAUGCAGAUGCAGUGUUGGCCGCAUUUAUUUAUUAGAAAUAUUUAUACCUAAUCUUCUAACUGAAGUUCUCAAAGCGGAUUUCAAUCUAUUCAAAUUAUAAGACUGACUUACAAUGUUGGAGUCCUUCCCCUGAUCUAUGGCUUCUGUCAGUCAUAGUUUAUGGCUCCCGGCAGCAGAUGCAAGAGGCAUGGAGUUGGGGGCAAAAGUGCUUACAGACCAUUUAUGAUAUAUUAAUAUUAGUUAUGUGAAGAAGGGAAGAAGAUGACCUCAGGUUCUUCUUCCCCACCCCCACUAAUAUCGUUUGGCAUCCUCCAUUCACUUCCCACCCCCACCCAAAUGAUUUCCUUUCUCCUCAUACUCGCAUCAUUUUAGCUACUACUUCUUUCACUGUCUGGGAGAAGGUGUAUAGGAAAACACAUACCUGAAGUUUCCUCUGCAAAAUUGAACGAAUAAAAUAAUAGAUAGUUUAUGGCACAAUCUACUGUUCAGCUGUGCUUAUCAGAACUAUGGAACAAACACAUCACAACAUACCUGGCACUAGGGAGAUGGAAUGGCCCAACUUCCGUGCAAUGUCUAGAGAUUUUGAAAUGGCUAUAGGAAAGCAGCUACGACCGCAGCCGUUUGCGUGGUUUGUAUGGCAGCUUGUGCAGAGACCCAAAUCAAAAGUGAGGGCCUUCCAAGACUCAGAUGACAUGUGGUAGGGGAAGUGGGACAAUGGCAUCAGUGCAAAAUAAUCCUUUUAUUUGCACUCUAAAUUUUGUAUCAGCAUUUAUUAAUAUUAUUUCUUCAUGUUUGUAUUCGGAGCUGAAUUGGAAAGGACUUUGUUGCAUAUUGCUAACAGGGUUUUUUUACUACUAAAAUGAACUCCUAUUUCUUCACAUUAAUGCAUAAUCAUAUCUGCUACUGUGACUGGCUGACUGUAACUUUAGCUGUGUUUUUCAAAAAUUCAGUCCACAGAGGAGAAGCUUGCUUUGGCCCAAGAAGAAUUGGUUUCAAACAGAAAUCAAAUUAGUAAUCACAAUCAGUUGAUCAAAGAACUUAAGACUGCAAGAUCUACAUUAGAGCAGGAUGUGUCUAAUAAAGAACAACAACUGAAAGAGCAGAAUAAACUGUUACAGGAAAUACAGAAAGACAAGGUAAUUUAUUUUUUAUUUAAUGGUGAUAUGCCAUGUGGCUAUAGUUCUACAGUGGUAUCUCGGGUUAAGUACUUAAUUCGUUCCGGAGGUCCAUACUUAACCUGAAACUGUUCUUAACCUGAAGCACCACUUUAGCUAAUGGGGCCUCCUGCUGCUGCUGCACUGCCGCCGCGCAAUUUCUGUUCUCUUUUUUAAUAUAAUUUUUAUUAACAAACCAAUCAAAUCACAUUAAUUCCAAAUUACAAAGCCAAAUUUUUAAAUUUUUGUUGGGGGUACCCAUACUUCGAGCUCAGAAAGGGAUCCAAACAGCUCUCUUGCUGCUGCUUUAAUAUUCACAAUUCUGUCCAAAUAGUAUUCACAGUUCUGUCCAAUCUUCUUUUUAUUAUUUUCCUUAUCUUCUUGUUGUUAUCAUCAUUAUAUAUUCCUUUCUUUGUGACCUGUGGUAGUCUCCACAAGUGGGUUGAAAACAAACGUUGUUAUAUCCUGUGUGGAUUUUCCGUUCCUCCAAGAGCCAUGUUCAAACAGACAGACGCCAUUUCAACACUUCCGUACAAAACAUUCUUAAAGUCUGCCCUUUGAUCCUCGCAGGCCUGUCACUCACUUCUCAGUCUUCUUAGGGGGUUCUGCCGGGUCACACUCACAGUCCGAUAUAAUAACAGAGCCAUGGUCUCCUCCCCCUUGUAAAUCCUAGAACCAGGCCUGCUUCCUAAUAAGUCUCUUUUUAUAACUGCGUCAUUCCAAAGGCCUUUCAUUCCUUUCCAGAUAUUCCACAAGCCAUGUCUUUGAUUAGUAAUUCAUUUCCACACAGUUCUUAAUCAUCCCACUUAUAAUCAGUAAUUGCAACGAUUCUUCCUGGGGGGGGGGGGGAUUGUUAGGUAAUCACAUAAGACAAAAAAAGAAAAGUCCCCCCUCCAUUCCGUCCCGUUCCGACAUACGUGUCUUCUUCUUGAUAUAUUUUCCUGAAUCCAGCCCGUCGCUCCACUUCACAGAGGUCACUUUAAUUAGCAGUCUUAACUCCUGUUCUUCACUCGAAAUAUGUACAUUUGCUUCUCUCUAAUUGUUUAUUUUGAGCUGCUGCAACCAGUCAGAGACAGCGUCCGGGAGAGCCUCCCACACGAGUGCUGUGCGCCUUGUGCCCUCACCCCCUUCUUUCGAACUCGGGGGUGAUUUAUGGCAACCACAGGCGAGGCAGUGUUCCCCAUUCCCUUGGGGUAACAAGGGAGGCUGCAUACUCCCAUAUCAGCCUCUUAAUUACCUCGUGUGGGACGGAGAGAUGGUAUUGUCGGCCAUCUUCCAAUGCGCCCCUAGCGGCCCCACGCAAUUUCUGUUCUCAUCCUGAAGCAAAGUUCUUAACCCGAGGUACUAUUUCUGGGUUAGUGGAGUCUGUAACCUGAAGUGUAACCUGAAGCGUAUGUAACCCGAGGUACCACUGUAUGUGCAAUUGUUAAGUUUCAUUGAACAUUGAAGCUUAUUUAUGAGGAAACCUGCAUGUUUUCACUGCUGGACUAAUUUGUCAUCAUUUGGUUAGAAGGUGAUGUUUUUCUGCCAUGUCAAAAUCGAUACUGUUAGAAUAUGUAUGUAGAGUAGAAAUACAUUAGAACAGGAUUUUAAAGAGGCAGCUCUUUACCGCCAGAAAAUGAUCAUUGCUUUGUAAAUCAGUUAAAAGUGGUCUCUUAAAAAUACCUGUCCAUUUCCUCUGCUUCAAGGCUGGAAAAGAAACGGAUCUGGCUAACGAAAGAUCUAAAACAACUGAGCUUCAGAACAUAAGCACCAAACUGGAAAAAGAAAAUUCCAAACUAAGAGAAGAAGCCAGAACCUGCAAACAGGAAUUGGAAAAAGUAUGCUGAGAUGCUACUCCAUUUACGCUGGGCCACUUCUUUGGUUCAGCGUAUUACCAUUUCACUCAAAAGUUCCCUGCCUGCUUACUCUGGUGAACUUUCUCACCUUUCCUGCCAACUGUAUAUACCCUUCCGUAUCUGUAGGCCUUGUGUUGGUUUUUAAUUAAUGUUCCCUUCUUAAAGCUGUGAGUUCUACUUUUUUAUUUUACCUCCCGAGUUUAAUCCUUCCUACAGGUGCUUUUUUUCAGGUCCGAAUUAUAGAUUAAACUGGCAACAUUUAUACCUUGGAGAAAAAAGCAGCUAUAUCUUCUUUGGGAUCAGAUAGCAAUGGGCUGAGAUGGUGGGUGGGGAGAAUGGAUUUCCAGCAUAAAAUUAUGAUGGGGCCUAAUCAGAAGCAUGUCCCUACUCUGGGCCCCUGGCUGCUUUUUCUUCAAAUAAAAACAGCCAGUUUAAGCAUGUUUUUUUGAAAGCGUUUGUAACAUAAGAUGUAUUCCUCCCCCCACCCAAGUCAAUUGCUGACUGUGUCCAUUUAUGUUUGUACGCUCUCUGCUGCUGCAUAUGUUGUACUCUGGUCAGUGACCGAAAUAAAUCGAUUCAUUCAUUCAUUCAGCUUCUCCUCCUGCCUGCCAGCAGAACCUCUCCUAACCACCCCCCGACCCCUUGAGAUGUGAAAUUGAGCUCCCCAAAAUAUUGUAAGCAGUUCGACAAAUGGUUAGGAAUGAGGCAAAAAGACACAUUCAUCUGGUUUUAAAAAUAUAGAAAAUAACUCACUUGAAUUUUUGUCUUGUUCUGUGCUGAGAAUUAUACUAUUUCAUGGGAAAUAGUAUGAUUUCAGAUUAGCUCUCAUCCAAGUAUUAUUUUUGUCAUUGUAAAUACUGUAUGUUUUUAACAGGAGAUAACAAAUUUAAAGGAUGCCAAAGAACUAUUGAUCAAGCAGAAACUGGAAUUGCAGGGAAAAGUUGAUAACAUUAAUUCAGCUCUUGAGCAGGAGAAAAAGAACCAAGAAGUUAUCAAAGAUCAGUUGAAAAAGAGAGAAGAAGAAAUGAAGAAGAAAUGUGCUGAGAUUGAGGCAAAACUGGUUGGUAUAUCUAUUAUGAGAGUACUUAAUAUGUAUCCAUGCUUAAAUAUGUUUAAGCAUCCGUUCAGCAGUUUCAACUUUUGUAGCUGGAGUCAUUCAGGGUGCUGCCCUCCCAGGUCAGGUGCAAAAGUCCAGCAAGGCAGAGGGAGGUCUUUCAGGACUCACAGCCAAGAUGGUCUCCUAUCUAUUAUCAGAAUCGUUUAAUCAAAGAUAUUUAACUUGCUCAAUUUAACUUACUAUGUAUCAGGGAGAAUUCCAUAUUAAGUAAGACAAAACACAGAGGCUUCUAUCCUAAUUUCCCAUGAGCAGAACUCUACUCAUGAGAUACCGUUGCUGGUGGAAUGAAGAGAAAGUUAUUUUCACUGAUUUCUCCUUUCUCACUGGCUUCCCAUGUUUAUUUCAAAAAUCUGCUCUGGUGGUUGGAGGGACAAUGUUGUAGAAGGCUGAGGUGGAAAUUACUUACUCCCAUCUUCUGCCGUUGGAUUGGAGUCACUUUUAUGAAGGGAAGCAAUUUGGGAUCCUAGCCAGGAUUUCAUUAUUUUUUCCAUAGCAAGAAGAGUUAGAUAUGGAGAAUGGGGUGGUUCCCUCUUUGGCUACAAUCCCAGGGGUAAAAUAUCAUCUGAACAGACCUGUUGUUGUUGUUGUUGUUGUUGGAAUAAGGAAAAUACUUACAUUUUAAAAAUGUUUUUAUUGACUUAGCAAGCUGAGAAAAAGGAAAAAGAUGAGCAAUAUAAAAGUCAUGAGGAGGCUGAGGGUAAACUCAACAUGCAGAUCACAGCUUUAAAUGAAAAUCUGGGUACGGUGAAGAAAGAGUGGCAAAGCAGCCAAAGAAGAGUUAGUGAAUUAGAAAAACAAACAGAUGAUUUACGUGGAGAGAUUGCAGUACUGGAAGCCACAGUGCAAAAUAACCAAGAUGAGAGGAGAGUGCUGCUGGAAAGGUAAGUCAGUGAAUUAGUAAGUCAGUGAAUUGUGUAUGUAUGUGGUGACUUCUGUUUUUUAUAAUAGAAAGGGGAAAACUUCCUAUUGUGUAAUUUUGUGCUAAAAACAAAUUAUAAUGGAAAUAAAUAAGCUUAUGCAGUCAGAAUAAAUCACCCAAAUUGACAAAGAAGCUAAAAUUCAAAAAUCCUAACACUGACCCCCCUUUUAUGUGAAAUUUAGACUGCCCUGUGUAUGUACUGCAUAUGGUGACUUACUCCUGGAACAUAACUAGCCACUUAACACAGGAAGCCAACUCAGUUGUUGUUCAACGUAGACUUCUUAAUGGCCUUAUUUGUUUCUACAAUAAGGGAGGUUACCUUACUAGUAUGGUUGAAACCAUGUUGGAAUAGGGAUUCACACAGUUUGAAAUGUAGCUUCAACUCAGAAAGUGUUGGAAUGGAAUAGUUCUCUCACUAACAUAAAGGAAACAAAAAGGAUCAAUUCCCUGCCCACCCUUGGUUCUUGACAAUAGUCUGAGGGCAGGUUAGCAGUAUGAAUUUGCAUGCGAAUGAUGGUUUUAUUUUUCCUCAGUUUAUGACAUUGUAAUAGCAUUAUGAUUUCUUCUUUAGGUGCCUUAAAAGUGAAGGAGAAAUUGAAAAACUUCAGAGCAAAUUGAUGGAUGCACGAAGAAAACUGGAUGACACUACUGCAGCCAUGCAAGAGCUAGGCAGAGAGAACCAGUCACUGCAGGUAUUUCAUUUUGGUGCCUAAAGACAGACUCUGCGCUACCUUUAAAUUUAUUAAAGUAAACAGUGCUCUUUGCUAAGUUGUUCAGGUGAGUCAAGUAGAUGGGUAGGGGAGAGGAACCACAUGUGGUAAGAAUGAUGUGGUUAUGUAUAAAAUUAUAUGCAACAAUUCUGGGUUGGGAGUACUGUGUGUGGGUGUGUGUAACACUUGCUGUUGAAUUUCCAUGAAGUAGCUUUGACGUGAUUUGGGUUUUUGAUUUAAUGUUCAUAAAAAUCUCUACUCUUACAUUUUAUAGAUCAAACAUUCACAAGCCCUGAAUCGGAAAUGGGCUGAAGAUAAUGAGGUUCAGAAUUGCAUGGCCUGUGGGAAAGGUUUUUCCGUAACAGUAAGAAAGGUAUGCAUGUCUGGGAAUAUCUUCUGGAGAAGUGUGUGUGUGUUGAGAAUUAUUUUUGUGAAAGCAGUGAAGCAGUGGCUGUAUUUGCUAAAAAAAAAUAAAAAUGGUUUAGCAUACUGUGAAUGAGCUGGAACAAACCACAGGCUCACAUACCCAUCUCCAUUUUCCAUGCAGCCAGGAAGAGAAGUUGAGAAGUUGCUGCUUUCUUAAAACUACAGUAUUUGUAUUGUUUGGUGCAACAAAGUGAUUUAAUAUUAACUGGUUAAUUUCAAAGAAACAAACAUCAGUCUCUGGCCUUUGAAGCUGACUUGUUGAAGUUGGCUGUGGAUCAUGUUAAUCAUUCUGAAAACACAGGAAGCUACAGUUAACAAAAAAGUGGAAGCAAAAUUUUGACCCCCCCCCCCCGUGGAGGAGAGGGGAAGGUGGGAGCACAUUGAGUUCAAGGAUCACUGUGAUAUACCGUGUUUUUCCAUCUAUAAGACGCCCCCAUGUAUAAGACGCCUCCUAUUUUUGGGAACUCAGAUUUAAGAAAAUGGGGGGAGAUACUGUGUAUAAGAUGCCCCCUAAUUUUUGACAUUAUUUUUAAGGAAAAAAACCUAGUCUUAUACAUCAAAAAAAUAUGGUACCAUGGUUUAGCAUGAUGUGCCAUCACAGCCAAUGUGUGUUAAGGAAGCAUUUUUAAAAGGUGAUUGUUUAAAAUGAACCUUUUGGUGAUGUCUGGCAGAUUUAUAUAAGGGAAAUAUUUGUAUAAGCCUCAUGCUUUCUUUUGUAAGCAAUGCAGUGAGAGACUUGUCAGUACAAGCCGUGUUCAGGCCUUGUAUAUUUUUAUACAACUUGAUGCAGUCUGCUCAGCCUGGCAAUGGCCAUCUUCCUCCCUUGUCAUUUGAACGGAUACUUGCAGGUAGAAACAGUUACAGGAUUAUGAGGAGAGCAGUGUGAAAGCGAGGUUCACAAUAACAAGUUGGUUUGGAGCACAUAGGAGUGGAGAGCAUGUUCAUGCCAUGGCUUGGCAUUAUAACUCUCCCUGUAUAUAAUUGUUUUGCUUUGUUUUUCCUGUUUCACAGCAUCACUGCAGACAGUGUGGAAAUAUCUUCUGUGCCGAGUGCUCAGCUAAGAAUGCCUUAACUCCUUCUUCUAAGAAACCCGUUCGUGUCUGUGAUACUUGUUUCAACGACUUGCAAGGAUAAUUACUCACAGCUCUUAAAUGUUAUGCUAGAAUAAAGUUUCUGUUAUGCACUUCGUACAACACUCAGACUACUCUUUGGUUUGGGUGAUGAUUGUAACAAUGGGCAAAAUUAUAGUAUUGUUGAAAAUAUACAUAUAAAAAAGUCAAACAAUUGUACUUCUUGUGAGGCUGAAAUUAUCUAUGGCUUGUUUGGUUUUGAUCCUACAAGAGCUUCUGUGUCUAGUUUAUAAGUCCCCAGUAACUUGUAAAUAAAGUUUAAACAGAGGAGUAACAAUGUAUUUUUUUAAUCCUAAUUUCCUUGUUUAAAAGUAACACAUUUUAAAGUAAACACAUUUGCAGGGAUUUUGUGUAUCAAAUGCUGCUGCUCUAAUGGGAUGGUUACAGUUUAAUAGCUUCAUUGAAGUGUGAAAGAUACGUAGCAGGCCCAAACAAGCAGCUUUUUUGCUUAUUUCUUUUAUUUUCUCACUCUCUGGGGAUUCCACUUACAGUGAAUGCCCAGAUAGUGGGAAACUGUCUCGAGGUUUUAAACUUUUCAGGAUGUUUCACUACAGUGUCACUAUAUAUUUCACUGAAAAUGAAAGCAAGUGUCGAGUGUAUAAUGUAUGCUUGACAUCUCUAAGAAUACUUUUCAUCAUAUCAAAGGUACUUAAGUGGACUACAUCAUCCUUAAUAUGCAAGGUCUUGCUCUGAAACUUUUUGAGGUUGGGCCAUGUUUUUGCCUUUUCAGAGGUCUUCUCCUUAGUUAAUUUUAUUAUUAUUAUUAUUAUAAAAUCUUUGUUGUUGUUCAAUUCACUUCACAGGAAACACUGCGUGGAAGUUCCCAGGAAAAAAUACUGUGAAGUGUGGGAAUUAAAAAAUACAGCAUUAGGAAAGAAAGUAGUCACCUUGGAAUUCUACCUUUCUCAGUGUAAAUUUUUGUCUCCAGUUUCUUAGUUCUUGCUAGAGAUUUGCCAUACCUCCCUGCCAAAUGGAAGUGAAAUUCCAGGUUCUGCUAAUGGCUUUAAAGUAACUGAGAUUCCAUCACCAAGAGCCUUUCUCUUGCUUUAAUGAGGUACAUCUCAGUCGUAGGUUUUAUAGUACAACGGUGUCAUGUUUCGUCCAAAUGAGAAGGUACUGAAAUUGCUCUUUUAAAAUCCAAUCUUUUAAAGAUUGGAUUUAGGCAGGAAAUGUCAUCUUUCAGCCCCAUCUUUUCUUCUCUUUUGAUUUGAGAGGCGAGGAUAAUAUACAUACUUCUAUGCACAUUGUAAUCACACAAAAUAAUGUACUUUGUAAAAUUUAGAGUGACUAAAAUACAGCAUGACAUUUAAAAUUAACACCUUUUGGAUAUGUGGUCUAUUUAAAAUGCUAUGAAGGAAGUGAUGCCAGCAAGGAAGAAUGUUGUAGACUGAGAAAUGGAAGUACAGCACUAGGAAGAAAUGGAGAAGCAAACAGCUUAACAGAAAUAUAUUUGUAGAGGGGUCAUGGCUAGCAUGACCUUUGCACUCAGAAGAUCCCAAGUUCAAUCCCUCAUGCCUCAAGAUAAAAAAUGUUUCAUACAUUCCAGGUCCAGCAAAUACAAUUUUUUUGCCUGGAACUUUUGAGAGGCUGCUGACAACGGGAGCAGACGACAUUUGAUUCAAUGGCCUGAUUUAGUAUAAAGCUGCUUUAUCUGUUCAAAAAUGUCCAGAUGAACAAGUACAAAUAGGAUGUAUGAAACCUUAAUUUUUUUUGAGUUGGAUAUGCAUGCUCCAUAUGCCAAAUUUACAUCUAAUCAUUCAGCGGCUACAUGUGUAGACAUUUCCCCCAUCUAUUUGGUGUGGUUUUUUUAAGGAGUAAAUGGUAAAGUAAUAUCCAGAGCAUCUACUAAGGUAAUUGGGAAUUAUUAGGGCUUUUACUUGAUUAAAUAAAUCUUAGUCGAUUAAUCACACCAGUUUUAUUCAAUUAAACAUGCUUAUGAAUAAAUUAAAGUUUUGAAGGAAAAGAGUAUUUUGGUUUUAGAUGAUGCUCGCAUGUGUUGCAGCAGGCACCAUCUUAGAAAAGCCGUCCUUUGUUCUGUGCAACAGAAUGGGGAGAGGCCUUUGCCAGUCAGAGUUUUUGUAAAUACUUGCCUUCAAAAGAAUAUCUGAAAACCAUCUGCUCCCUCAUUCAAACAGAUGAAAAUAUAUUGAAGUGGUUUGAUUUGUUAAUUGACAACACAUCACAGCCCUAGAAGUUGCGAACGUAUAUAUGGAGGCAAGGGAAAAUCCAUUUUGUUCAGAGAAAGAGCAUAAGAUUGGAUCCGUAGUUCAGAAAUUUGAGCUACUUCAGUGGAAAUGCCCCCUAAGAACCUCAGGAAGGGGGAGAUAAUAGCAUUGUCACUUGCACUAUGCACUUUCUUUCUCGUGUAACCAACAUAAUAUGCAAGAAAUGAAACAGCUGUUUUGCAAGAAUUGUUGUAGUAAUUGGUCCACAAGGCUAUGUAUUCUUAGAGGAGUGUUCAUUGAAAUUCCUAGUAACUUCAUUUUUGUUAGGAAUAUUGCAUCCUUAAUUCUUAAGUGCUCCAGAGGACACGUGUAUAUAUAGCAAAGGAAUUUACAUGGUUUUAACAAGCAUUGUUUGACUUAAGAAUCGAAAAAUGUGGACAUAGCAAUUUUGCACAUUUGUAUUAUUAGUUGACUGGUUUCCAUAGUUCAUGUAUCAGCUUUUGUUUUCUUAGUAUUGAGUUUCUCUAGAAUUUACAUGGAUGGUCUGUUUUCCAGGCCAUAGCAAUAAGUACAUACAAAAAUCCCUAUACCUAAGAGCAGACAUGUUUGUGUUCACAUUCUGUUUUGAAUUGCUAGAAAUCUUAAAACCAGUAUACUACUUAAGAGUAGUAUGCAUUUAUAAAAUAGUUACAAUUUUACAAUGCUGCAAUUUGUCAGCAUUGACUGUUCUGUCUUGGUUAAUGGAGUGAUGCAAUAUUCUAUGCAGUCAUUGUACAGCAGGCAAAUGGAAGGGUUUUCACCCAAUUCAGUAGAACAUAUCUGAUGGUCGGAAACUAAUCUGUUUUCUCUUGUGUGCCAAUUAAAGAGCCACUAAGUUCAGCGAAGACUUCUUUCUUAGUCAUCGUUCCCUCCUUACACCCCAAUAUGGAAAAGUUUUACCUACUGGCUUUGAGUUUUAAAGUAUCUAAAUACAUUGUUCAUUGUUGAUAUAUAAACAGACUGGUGUGGCAGAUCCAGAUUUCCUAGGGUUGGUGCUCAUACAAUGUACAUUCUACCAUGUGGUUAAAUCCCAACUCUCGUCACCAAAGGGAUAAGAAAGAAUGUCACGUUGGGUUAGCAAACACUGAAACCUUUUAUAAUAGAAAUCUGUCCAAAAUGCUGCUUGUAUAGGAUUUGUCACUUUUGUAAUAAAAUUAUUAUUAAAAAAAACCCUUUAAAAUAAACACACAACCCCCCCUUCAUUCUGACACUUGAUGCCACUAUGUAAGAUUUCAUUUAAACUACCUCUUGAUGUGAAAUUCAACUUUAGUGCAUUUUGAUAGGAUUCCUUCACUAUAAUGUUAGGUAUGAUUUGUGGUAACUGCCAAAUUUUCCAAGUGUUUUGUCUCACCAAAAAUGUAAUAUUUGGGUAUGUAUGCUAAUGUAGUUUCCAAUUAUUCUAGGCUCACUUGUGCUCUUUUGACCUAUGUAGUUUAGUUCUACAAACUUGUAGCUGUUGGACAGGAAUGAAACCAAUUCAAGCUGUCCUGGUCAUAAGUCUGUUGGACUUUGUCACCUGUAUGUAAUAUUGGCAAACUGGAUACUGGUUUAAACAUGAACAUGCCAUUAAAUUAGCCUCUUGUUUGCAACAGUCUAGACAAGAAGUUGACAAAUGCUAUUAAGCUUAUAAUGGAUGUGUGCCACAAAGUGUACUGUCCUGUUGGCCUCUUUUUAAUGAUUGGUUUAUUAUGGUCGCAGAUGUGAAUAUUGUGCAUACUAUUUACUGAUUUUUAUGUAUAAUUGUAUAAAUUAGAAUUGGAAAAAUUCUGUGCUUACCUUAUAUUUACAGAUGUUUUAAGGUAGCCUUACCUACACAACACUGCACUUCUUUUUCAACUGGACCCUUAAACUCACAUUAUCUGUAGAUAGUCUUGCAUGACCAUUUUUAUCAGUUGGAUUCUCUCAAGUCCUCCUCUCAGUGGUGUGUUUAUGACUUGUGGUCAUGUAGUUGUGCCUUACAUUGUGAAAGAGUUUAGUUCAGUACGCACUGUAAUCCCUAAACUCUGCAUUUGGAAAGUAAUGAAAGCUGAGGAGUGACACCCUACAUCAGCUAAUUCUGUAUGAAAUAACAUGAGUGGAUACUUGUGGAAAUGUUACUUUUGUAUUCUAAUCUGUUAUUGGGCUGAAAUAAAAUUAGACAUUUCUAAUAGACCAUUUGCAGUGACUUAAUUUGCUGUGCUUUUGAUGUCGCUGUAGCCACUUUUAUUCAUUUGCAAAUUCAGAUAGUGGUCAGGCAAAGUUGAGUAGUAUCCUUUUGGUGUUACAUCAUGAACAUAAUUGUGGUAAAGGUGAUAAAAAUGGCUCUUCUAAUUGGUGCCAUUCUGCUUCAUUCUAAAAUUCUUUGAACUAAUAAUUACUGAAGCUGUGUGGUUCUUACCCAGAAUUUUAC